CUGCUGCGCGGAAGGAGGCCUACAAAUCCCGGGAUGCACUGCGCGCCUUACGGCUAGAGGCGAGGCUGGCCCUCUUCGUCUGCGGGAAUCUGGCUCCUGCUGCUGCCGGCUAGGCAAGGUCUCCGCGCCGAGAAUGAAGUGAAGGGAAGCAAGAAGUGGGAAGUGGGGCUCGGCCGGCCGGCCUAGACAGCAUCUCCCGCCAGGUGCGUAGUGGCUCUCGAAGACUCCCCCAAACCCCCGCUGCGCGCCCCUUUUUCUUCUUUCCAGCCGCGCCUGGUCUUGCUCUGCCAUAACCGAAACUCUGCCUGAGCCGGCAACUCUCGCCUCGGAGCGAUCGAUGAUUUAACAUAGUGGAUCGAUAAAGUGCGCUGCUGGAAGACUCCCGCGAGCGCCAAACGCUGCGCUCCGAGAUCGACUUGGGAUCGAAGCCCGGAAGACACGCUUAAUUAUGGCUCCUUCCCGUGGGACGUUUCAGGUUAUAUAGGGCUUAAGGGAAAAGAUCCUAAAGCGCAAAGUCGCCUUCCCUUUGGGGAAAUGCGGCCAAGAGAAGGGAGCGCAAUCCGGGGAACUGAUCUCAAGCUGCCACAUUGUGUUAGUGUGAUUUAGGGAUUUGUUUUGCUUGGCUUGUUCUCCGCCCCACUUUUAAUCUCUUACUAUUUUGCAGCCGCCUUGCGUUCUUCCUUCCUCCGCCCGCCUCCCAAAAGAAACGGGGGGUGUACGCAUACUAGUAAAUACAGUAUGUGAUUUAAAGGCAAUCUUCUCUUGGCCUGGGAUGCUUUGACAGCUAAUGCGACUUUAUUCAUUUGCAUUAUCCGCAAUCGGAACAGAGGUUGGGGACCUGUGGCCUUCCCGGUGCCAUUGCACGACAGCUCCCAUAAUCUCUGAUUAUGCUGUAUCCAACAGCACGCAUUGACCAUCUCUGGAUUUUGCCUGUCUUUACAGAUAUGUGCAUACACUCUAGUCUCUCAUAUUGGCUCCGAUUCUUCUAAAGUUAGUCAUAACUACACCUUGUUAGUACAGGGCCAUCAUGCCUAGUAGUCGUCAGCGGCCUUCUGGUUCAUUAAUUUUCCUAGGCUCCUUUUGGAUGCCGUUCAAGUUAGUGGCUGAUACUGCAUUCUCUAGUUUAACUAUGGACUGUGUGUAGUUCUUCAUUUUGUUUCACUAUUCAGCCCCAUUGGAUGUGCCUGGGUUAUACUACUAUUAAAAGAGGAAUAAAAUUUGUUAUAAUUUUGCUGUGUCCCUCCCCUUCUACUCAAAAGUUCUAAAUGUUAUAACCUUCCUUCAUAUGGAAGUUGCUCCACCCCCUUGUCAUUUUGAUUGUCCUUUUCUGAACCCUUUCCAGCUCUGCAGUAUUUUUAAGAUGCAGCAACCACAACUUGAAUGUAUAGACUAAGUAAAUUAAAACUCUGCUCCCUAAAUUCCAAGAAUGUAAAAAACUCCUGAAUGGAUGCCAGAUCAUUUAUUAUUUUGAAUCCGAAAAAGCUUAUUAGCAAUUAAUUUAUGGGCCUGUAGAUAUUGAUACUAGUCUGUGCUAGUGUGGACAUUUCAGCACUCCUUCAUUCCCCCUCUGUUUGUUCCAGUUUUUUUGUUUGAAUUGGUUUCCUUCCCUUGUUGCCAGCUUCUUAUAAGGAAGUUGUGUGUAGGGGAUUACAUGAAUACCCCUGGGAGGUAGGCACAUGACAGUCUUACUUGUGUGUAAAUCAUUGCAUGCAUGAAGAAGCUGUGGUCUUUUGUAGUUCCACAGCACAGCUAGCAAAUAGUUGUACGACAGUUUCAUGCUUCAGACUGAACACAGAAAUCAAUGAACAUUUGCAGUGAUAUGCAGUGGUAAUCCUGACACCUGCAUUAUGCAGUUUGCCAUUGCUGUGUAUUAACUAAAGCAUCCUUGCUAUAGACUGAAGAAAUAAAGGCAGUAAAUUUUCACCGAGAAGCACAAGGGAAGUGCUGUGCUCCCAAAGCUCUUGGGGAUAAGGCAGGCUCAGUAUGAACAUAAUGAAUAUAUUUUCUGGGAGCUGGGUGCUUACACAUAAAUUGAACAAUAGAUUGGCAUAUGUAUUUUACAAUCUGCUCAAUCCUUACUUACAGGAAAUUCUCAAAUUAUGGUAUUUUAAUGUAAGAGUAUUGAGCCUUGAAGGUAUACAGGAGUGAACCUUUUAAUCAGCUCACACGUUUCUUUCCAAGGGAGUAUUGAAGACGUAUAGAUGGUCCAUCCUAGGAUAGGACUGUUUACUAGUCGAGAAACAUCUAAUCUGAAACACUUGUCAAGCAAACUGACUUGUGCUCAUAUUUAUAAUAUACAUGUACUGUCUGAGAAAAUUGGGUUGGGCUUCCUGACUCACUAUUGAGCAGUGAGAGGCAAUGAAACACCUUUAUCCAAAUGCUGGGAAAUAGACACAGUGAGAAGCAUCCUAAAACAAAGUACAUACUGGUUUUUCCCUUGAAGAAACCAGGAAACAGAGUGCAGAUCAAAGCUACUGGCCAGAAGCCAGGACCUGUCUGCGUCACUAACUCGCCACCGAUUUUGUGGCGAAACCAUACAAAAAUGAGGAUGUCCAUGUCUUCAACAUGUGAUUGUCAUUUCUUUCUGUCUGUAUAUUGUUGAAAACUCAAAAUAUUUACCAUGGCCAUUUUAUUUCAUCUUGGCAGUGAACACAAGGGAAGCUACUUUCCCUUUCUUGCUAAUUCCAACUGGUGAACAAGUGUAAGAAAACGCAUUCAAAGAAGAUGGGAGGGAAUGGUUUGAGGGCAGGGUGGAAGCAGUUUGAAGAGCAGACCCCGGCUGCUUUGCCAUGCACUCUCUCCUGGGUUCUUGGGCAAGCCAUACUGAGUCUGAUUCAAUUCAAUAAGACACAAAUCCCUAGCCUCAAGGGCAGUAAAAACCAGUGCUUAUUUUCAGGGGGUACUCCAGGGUACACAAUACCAGCACCUCUCUCUCUCUCUCUGGGUUAAAAAGUGUGGCACUUACUGUAAGAACUUCACAGUGAGUACUGGCAACUGUUUUUCUAGGGGGGAAAGCACUGGUAAAAACCAUAAAUGAUUGUGAGGAAUUGUGAUAUUGAGAGAGAUAAGUAAAUACUGUAGGUUUGGUCAUGGGUGUCCCAACACUCCAGCAUGGUUGAAAACAGAUCCUUGAAGGAAAUUCAAGAACUGAGACUUGGAUUGGGUGUCAUUGACCUGUGAGCACACGGCUUCUUGUCCUUGGAACUUCGCACAGAGAGAUUGCCAGUAGGAGAGAGCUUUAGAAUCUACCAAGUAAACACAUGAUAUUUUUAAAAAGUGGGUAGGCCUGUGGAAUCACUCAUAAUGCUUGUUUAUAUUUUUUAAGGACUUGCCCUGUGAUGUGUUGGUCAUCAGUGUGGCAUGCUGUGGUACCUGCAUAGCUUCUGAAGUCACACACACACACCUCCCUUGGUGAGGGUGGUUACCUUUUUCUCCCUCGAAAAGUACACAGAGCUAAAGGAGGAAGUUGGAAGAGUGCCACUCUUUCCCACUUCUUUCAGUUCUAUGUGCUUUUCAAGAUUCAGACUAAUUCUGCUGGUUCCAGCUUUCGCCCAGAUUCCUUGGAAAAGCUAAGUUUGUAUGUGUGUGCUUUCUCUCUCUCUCUUUCUGUCUGGGGUGAGGUUGGGAUGAGAGAGAAGUGCCCAGAGAGGGAAUAAUGGGGCGUCAGCACCCUCAAAGAUCUACGUGUGCCUGUGGACCUUUAAAGCUUGAUGGGCCCUAAAUGAUUACAGGAGUAUUGUCUUUACCAUGAGGGUUUAUUGCCUGGAAAGGUGUGCAUUUGCGGCGUUUUGGUAGCAGUGACAGCACUGAAGCAAAAGACUCCUGCUAUCAGGAUUGAAACAGGCAAAAGAUGGGCCUUGCUUGACCUGAGAGUGUCCCUUUAAUGCUUUAUAACUCUGCUAAUCUUUAGGUCUUAUCUUAUCUUUGCACCUCUCCCUCCUAUCAAGGACUUUCAGAUGCUGUUGCCCAGAGGGCUUUAGCAGAGAGAGGCAUUCUAGGCCUUAUCCACAAAAGCAUGUGCUGCUUGUUGAAUCAGCGCCACCAAGGCUUCAUCCUUCCUUGUUUUCCAGCUGCCAGUGCAUACAUGUUAGCUGCAAUAUUACAGUCACACUUCCUGUUCUUCUGGCAGAGGAGCAAAGCCAAAGUCUGACACCUUGCUUGCCGGAGAGCUGGAGGCAGAACCUGUCAGCAUUUUGAGUGCAACCAUUUGAACCCACCUCUGCAUUGUCUUGUCCCCACUGUGAUGGAUAAGGACCCUCAAUUGCAGUUGCGUGUCUUUGACCUCAAUUGCUGGUGAGUUUUUCCAUGGCUUUAUUUUUUUGUGUUUGUUUAAGGCAGGUGAGGUUUGGCUCUGAUCUGCAUGACUGCUGGCGAAGGUUCAGUCAUGUUUUCUGAUCAAGAAGUUGCUGAGUCUUCUGGGUUACAGCAAACACGUUCUUCACCUGUUUGUUUCCCUGUUUGCAGAGAGGAAAUGAUGAAGCUCCUGUGUCUGGGGCUGUUUUUAUGUAAAUAAAACAGGGUAUUGGUAAAUCUCUCUGUGUGUUCCUGCCCUUUUCCAACCCAAUGAUUAAGUGAUUUGGCUGAACAUGCAUCUAUGCUUAAAUGGAGAGAGAGGGGAAUCUUUUUCAUGCUGAGGACAAACUUUGGGGGUGGGGCAGAGACUCAAGUGGGCAGGCCAGAGAAAAAAAGAUGGAACAAUGCACGUGACCCUUAAUUUUGUACCGUGUCCUACAUUCUGGCCACACAAAAGUCAGAGGUUUUACACUGGCAUGCUGCGGGAGGGCUGCUUGCCUCGGUGAUGAGAGGGGAUUUAACCGUUUCCUUCCCUACUGUAGUCCUGAUUAAAAUUGCUCCUCCAGGUGUGCUUUUUGCAUUGGGAGGAGUGCUUCCUUUAGCUCUCAGUAUGAUACUGCCUUCUUUACCAGGUGUAAGUAAUGAAGGGCUAAGAUUGAAAUGAGCAGUGAGCCUAGUUGGAACCUGAUGUUUCACUCAGUUUCCUUCCCUUUCUCUCCCCUCCAGGGCCAUUCGCUACCUUAGCAAAGUACGGCAGCAGCGCAUUGAAUUGAUUGGCAAUGUCCUCAACCAGGAGGGAUAUGACUUGGCGCUCUUGCAGGAGGUGAGUACUUACAUCUGUUAUAGUGCAUCUAGUAUUGGCAUAGGUUGUGGGCAGAGCAUGGCAAGAUCUUGAAGCGCUAUACAUUGUUGCAGUGUUAUAUAAACAUGAUUAAUCAGGGAGGAGGGAUACUAGGGGAAGGGAGGGGUUAGCGCCCCCCCCCCCCACGCCUAGCUUCAACUUAGCCCACUGAUUCAAUUCCCACUUCUGUUCUUUGGUUUGCAGUCACUGUGACUACAACCUCUCUGCUUUUCCAGGUGUGGAGCGAGAGAGAUUAUUGGGAGCUGAAAAAGAAGCUGUGUGCCCGCUACCCUUCUUUCCACUAUUUUAAAAGGUAAAAAGGAGCUUGAAUAGUCCAUGCCAAUGGCUGAGCUCAAUUAGUAUAGGCUUGACUUCAUAGAUGUGAAAUUUAUAUGAUUUUUAGAGAGGACCCUCUCAGACACUGGUAGGAAAUCAUUUCCACUCUUUAGUUUCUUGAAAGCUCAGAAAGGUUAGCAUAAAAGGCCUUGGAAUAAGUUGGGUCUUUAGCUGAUCAAAAUAAUAUUUUCUUGGAAACAGGUGCCUUGUUGUGCAGCAGCCUCACCCCUUGUGACAGAUAAUUGUUCUUUAAUUGCCCUUGUUCCCUUAGCAAUCCUUGCCUUCCAGAUGUGGCAUGCUGACUGAAUAGCCCACAGGUCUAUUUUUAAGGCUGUGUUUGUGAAGCAGAGCCCAUGGUUGCACACUGGAUCACUACAUGGGCAGCAUGGUGCAGGACGCAUGGGUUGGAUGCAUGUUGGCAUAUACCUGGUGUGAAACCAACCUGCAGACCAACCUGUGAAACCAACCUUCAUCUGUAGGGGACACAGCUUGGAACACAGGGAAACUCAAUAAAUUUUUGUGACAUUAGUUAAUCUGAGUUUUACAGACUCACCUUGUACAGGCCACUUGAUUAUAGAUGGUUACCAAACCUUAUGGUUCACUUCUUUGGCAGACAUGGCAUUAAGCUCUUCUUAAAUGUACAUUUUGGUGGGAACCUGUGACUUGACCUUGCGUGCUGUUACAGAAGCUAAUAAUGGUGAGGCAGAAUCCCUUUUCAGUCUUGACUCUGUCACGGUGUCAGAAGACUUCGCUUCGUCCCUAGAACCAGGAAUAAUUCCAAGGAGUCCCAAAUGCCAGCCCUUUUCUGUAAACUCUAGCUAUUGAUUUCAAAUGGAGGAUGGGAACAGCGAGGAUUGGUGAUGCCCCCCCCUCCCCGCCUCUAGCUGACGCCUGUGGUGCCUGUGUCUUUCACAGUGGAGUGAUUGGCAGUGGGCUCUGCAUCUUCUCCAGAUACCAAAUCCUGGACACCUUCCUGUACCAAUACUCUGUGAAUGGCUACCCCUACAUGGUGAGUGGGCAAUGCCUUGCUUGGGGUUGGGGAACGUGCCAAAGAGCAUCUUUCUUCUAAGGCUCUUUUCACUGUGACCAGCAUUGCCUAUGUUUCUUCUACUGUCUUCCACUUUCUUCUCUCUACAGUUCCAGCAUGGAGACUGGUUUGGUGGUAAAUCAGUGGGGCUUGUAGUCCUGAAGAUACAGGAGAUUGUUUUCAACAUCUAUGUGACUCAUGUGAGCAGUUUUAUUUAUUUUGUUGUAUUUUCUUAAAUUUGUUACAAACUUAUUCAACUCCUGGAGCAAGAUUACAGAGAUCAUCUGUGUGUGUGUGUGUGUGUGUGUGUGUGUGUGCGCGCAUGUCUAGAUGAGAGUAGGAUUUACAUGAGGAACACAGGAUAGCACUUCAGAUUUGCUUAGAUUGCUGAAUGAAUCCUGUGAUUACAGUCAUACCUUGGUUUUCGAACAGCUUAGUUCUCGAAAGUGUUCGCUCCCGAACACUGCAAAACUGGAAGUGACUGUUCCGGUUUGUGAACUAUUUCUGGAAGCUGAACAUCUGACGGGGCUUCCGAUUGGCUGCAGGAGCUUCCUGCAGCCAAUCAGAAGGCGCGCUUUGGUUGUCGAAUGUUUUGGAAGUCAAAUGGACUUCCAGAAUGGAUUCCAUUCGACUUCCAAGGUGGGACUGUACUGGCUUGGACUUCACAAGUGAUACUUGUUGUUUUUACAGCCUAUUUGCCAGCAGGGGGUGUCCAUGAACAGCCAAGGCUUUUUAUUUUCUUGGGUGGCACCUUCUUAAAAAUGAACAAGACACACAGCCUUUUAAAGAAGGAUUUUUUCUGUGUUCUCUCAAAUGUAUGCAUCAUUAGAAAGCUGCCGUUCAUUCUUAUCCCAAGGUACAAUAAAUGCAAGCCACAUUGCAUAGAUGAAUAGAAGCUGCCUGUUAAAGGAUUAAGUGGUUAAAGGAUUAUGUAUCAAUUCUGUCAUUUGUAUUGAUGUAAACCUCUAGAACGUAUUUUGUAUAGCUAAGCAUUUAGCUUUAUCCUCAGCAUAUUGUAUUUUAUUUUAUUGCUAUGGCUAGUAGAUAAUGCAAAUAAAAUUUCUGUGUAAUGCCAGGCAAGCAGUGAGUGCAGUCCCAAAGAUCAAUAAACUAACUUCUGCUUGUGGGACUGUCUCUAAAUUAUCUUAGCGUUGAGGAGGAAUAGAAAGCCGGCACAAUGAAAUGGGUGAGAGAAACUCCCACAGGAGGCAGCCUUAAUGAGCAGUAUGAUUUCACAAGCUUGGUACUAACACAGGAGUGUCAGUGUUGCCUAGUCCGCUGAAGCCCGAAAGCUACAUGUGGAAAUAUUUUUUAGGUCUACUUACACUUGGCCAUGCUGGGAGUUGUAGUGUAACGACAUCUUGAGAUCAUUCCUUUGGUGAAGCCUGGGUUACACGAUCGGAGGAUAUUAUUCUGGGGCACCUUUUGGGAGAUAACAAACCCUGCCUACAGAAACAAGGGACUUCACGGUAGUUUGUCCAUUCACACAACCAGCAUUUCAGACGCAACUGUGGUUGGUAUUAAUGCGAAUAAGCUUUGGAAUCGCAAGCUCCCGUCUUCUUCUCUGGCAUAGUCACAAAGAGGAGAUAGAAGCUUUUGCUUCUAUUUUCAGCUAACUGUGGCUCCUUGUUAUUCGGUUACUUGGGCAAACACUGGUAGCAAGGAUGGAGAACCUGCAUCCCUCCCGAUGCUGGUGAACUCCACUAGCCCUAGCCAGAAUAGACAAUAGUCAGGGGCGGUGAGAGCUAUAGCCCACCAACAUUUGAUGGGGGUCACAGGUUCCCCAUCCCUGGUCCAAGGACUCAAGUCAACUUCAAUCUGUAGCCUAGUUUCUCUAUAACAUUGUUAAGAUUAACCACAGUUCCAACGUUUGGGCUUAACAAUAAUGCCUGGUUAGUUGAAAGUGGAAGCAGGAGCUUGUGAUCUUGCUGGAGCAGAAGAAGAAUGCAUACGCAAGCCCAAGAUUUAUACUAGUAAUGCGAAACAGUAGUUUAGCGUCAUAUCUGUACCAGAUGGUACUCUUUGCUGACAGUCUUGGAUCAUCCGUAGGUCCUUGUGUGUCUCUGAAACUGUGAAAUCCCACUGCCUUAUAGAAUUCCUACCUUGUUGCUUUUGAUCUCUGCCACAGGCUCCCUGAUCAGCUUAAAGUGGGGCAGCAAGGCGAGUACAUAGGCUGUUGCUUUGCGAUUUCACAUAUAUUACUAUACAAGUGUGAAUUUCAUGUGUGUCUUGUUUUCUUCCUCCCAAGCUCCAUGCGGAGUACUGCCGGGAGAAGGAUGCUUACCUGCCCCACCGAGUAGUUCAGGCCUGGGAACUUGCCCAGUUUAUACAGUAAGUCAUGGGGAGACUCCAGAAAUCUUUAUAAUGAGGUUUGUGUGCGCACACUUUGUCCCUCUCUCUGUUAGCUGGUUUCCCUCCUUGGCAGUAGUUCAGAGCUCUGGCUUGGAACAUACUCAGUCCAUGUAAUGCUAUCGCUCCAGCAACAGAAUGAAUGUGUGGAUAGGGGGAGAGGAUGCAGCCAUGGUUUUGGGUGUGUAGUAGAAUUCAAGUCUAACACGGAUUAGAUCUCUCAUGACAAAAAACAUCCUUGUAUCAUUGAGGGCUGCUUGUUUCCUCUCAGUCUGUAUCUCAUCUUCCCAGACAUACUUCGAAAGGAGCCGAUGUGGUGCUGCUUGGUGGGGAUCUGAACAUGCACCCAGAAGACGUGGGCAUCAGGCUGUUGCGAGGUUGGGCAGGGCUUCGGGACUCCUUCAUUGCCGCAGAGAAGGUUGAGGUGAGUCGCCAGGUACCGCCCUAUGAAAUGGUCUUUUGGUCACUCAGUAAAAGGAAAAGAAAGUUGCCCUUGGGGCCUGGAAACUAUAACCUUAUCUUUAUUGGGGUAAGAAUGUCAAGAGAUAGGUUACACCAACCAGAUUAAAGGUGCCUCUUCCAUCCACACGGCUCUCUCUCUCUUUUGCCUUCCUGAAAGCUCCGGGCUCUGCAGGCUGCACUGUCAGCCAGACUCAGUUGGCAGCUUCUUCCACAACACAGCUUGCUGCAGAUGCUCUAGUAUCUUUUAUUAGAAGGGUGGGAAACUUCAGGCCCAGUGAUCAAAAGUGACCCUCCAGGCCUCCCUAUCUGGCUCCAGGCCACACUGGAAUGUGUCCUUCAACUCUGAUAAUGCACAUUGCUUGUCUUGAUAGAGAUUAUGUGAGAGUGUGUGUAGAAAUAAGCCUACGGUACGCAAAUGUGUAUUAGGUAUUCCAUCUGCUUUUGUCCCUGGCCCCACCCACUACUGGCAUAUGGCCCUUGAAACAUUGCCCAGGAGGGAUUGCAGCCCUCAGGCUGAAAAAGUUCCCCCACUUCUGGUUUUUUUAGAACUGAGAAUUCAGACUCUGGUCUUGCUCCUAGGGAGGUGAGGAUGGCUCUACGCUCUUGCCCACCAACUGCUUCACAAGCAAGAAAGAACUGCGGUGCUAUCCCCAGGGGAUUCGUAUCGACUACAUUCUGUAUAAGGUAUGUGCAAGUUCAACACAUAGAAAGCAGACUGCAACAGUACAGAGUUCAGAAAGCAGUUAAGCAAUAAAGGCUGUCAAAUAUGGUUUGACACUAGCCCCAUGACAGGUCUGUCUCCUGUCAGUAUCUUCAGUCUGGAAUGUCUUCUUUGUCCAAUAGUCUCCAAAACUAUGUGCUCACAGACUGGUAUGGCCUCAGGCAACCUCUUGGCACCGGGUUGAACUCACUUGCUUGAUUUCCUGCUGUUGUUGUCUUUGGGCAUGUUCUCUGUAACAGCUGGGACUGGCUUUUCAAGAUAUGAGGAUAACACUUAAAGCUUUAGAGCCAAAAUGAGCAAAGCACUAAGCACACUUCUGCAAGAACUUGCUGCAUUUGGGGAAUUAGAUUAGCUUGCACUGCUUGAUCACUUCCUGAACUUUGUAAACAUAUGGGCACUACUUGGAUCACAGCUGUUGCUCCUUCCUAUUCUAACACAGGGGCAUGGAUAGUUGCCCAAGAUAUCCAGCCUUUCCUGUAAGAGGGGAACUACAUUUGUAAUUAAUUCCUCGGUUUGAGGUGGACGUUUGUGAGAACCAUGGCCCUAUGUUGAUUUUGGGGAGAAUUCAGAAGAGGGUAGCAAAUAUGGUUAAAGGUCACAUCAUUGAGAAAAGGUGAAAAGAACUGAGCACAUCUGUUACCCAUAAGAAAAUCAGAUUGGCGUUGAGCCUGAAAAUAAUCUUCAGUCUGUAUUAAACUCUUACCCCAAAGCUGAUGGCAAGAAUGCGCCUGUUGCCAAACACUGUAGAUGUCGGGCAAUGGAUUUUAAAUGGCAAAAGUUUAGAUUUAAGAUGAAUUUGCUGAAAGAACAAGCCACGGGAGCAAGUUGCCCGAAGACAUUGCUGAAUAGUUUCCCCUGCCAUUCAAAGAGGACUCUAAUAAGAAGUUAGCUCCCCACCCUCUUCACCUGUAGUCCACAGCCUAGAAUUUCUGGGAGCCUUACUUAUUUAAAACACAUGUGCAUAAUAAGCACCUUGCUCUCCUGCUUAACUUCCCUUCUUGUAGGGUUUGUCUCACUAUGAAGUAAAAUGCAACCGCCAUGAGACAACUACUGGAACAGCUCCCAACAAGGACAUACCCUAUUCUGACCAUGAAGCUGUCAUAGCCACACUAUCUGUGAACAAGAGAGGGUUAGGCAAAGGCCCAAACCACCCUAGAGUUGGUGAGUACCCCAGUUUCAUUGCUUUGGCACAGGAGGGAGCAAGUACUCGUGCCUUUGGGAAGAGGGGAGGGAUGGCAAAGCCUGCCUGGUCCAUCCCCAGUGGUGCUCCUUCAAGGCCUGUUAUCGCCCAUUAACCUCCCUGGAGAGAAGAAUGUGGCUGUUGUGCUAGGGCCCUGGCUUCUCUGCAGGCAUGCACUACCAUAGUCAAGAAGCCAGUAUCUCUGCAUAAAGUAGCAGUCUUGGCCUGCCUCUGCAGACCACUGAGUGGGCUUGGACACAAACGUGUUGGGACUUUUACUGCCUCAACGUGCAUUGUGGUUGAGUCCUGCUGCCGUCUGUCUUCCUAGAACCGGUGCUGGUGGACGUCUUGAACGAGGCCCGUAUGGAAGUGCGGGUAGGGCUGCACGCGGCCGAGCGGCAGCAGUACUCCUGCGGCCGUAUGGCCGUCCUGGCCAUGCUGCUGCUGCUCAUGCAGGCGACCAUGGGGCUGAGCUCCAUGUUUGGCGAAGCCCUCCUGCAGCCCUUCCCCAAGUUCUCCUUCUCGCUGCUCAGCCUGCUGGGGGUGCUGGUGUUGCUCAUCUCGGCUGUGCUCUACCUCUUCCACACCAUCGAGGUCAAGGUGCUCCAGGGGACAGAGGAGCAGAUGCGGGUGGGGCUGCAGACACUCCAGGACAAGCUGAGCUCUCGGUGAGGCCUGUCGCUUGCUGGAACUCCAACAGGGACCAAGAGACUAUGCUGAAAGCUUUUCCGGGAGCCGUAAGUUCCUCUGUGCCGCCAGGUUCUAAGGGUUAGCCGUUUUUUAAGCACGUGGCAGCAAUUGCCGUAGAAGUUUUUUAUUAUUAUUUUUAGCUUAAUUCUAGGGCAAUAAAACUUUCUACGAAUAGUUCCGACCUUCUGCUGAAGGGAUUCUAGCACAAGUACGAUUUGUGCAGAAGGGAAUUUUGAAACGAAAGCAGUUCAAGUGCAUGCGGUUCAGCUGUGGCUGUUUAGAAACCAGCAUUUAUCAAACCAAACCAUGCUGUUCCGACCGAGUCGGGUGGCUGAAUUAGUACUGUAAAAGCCUGGUGUUAAGCAGACGAGUUAAAAUGUGUAUAGCGUUUCUAGUUUAUACAAAGUUCCUUUUUGAAUUGAAAACAGAAUAAAUCAGUCUUCAAAUACAACAGAGCAGAAAGUAGCAUUUACUGGUGAAAUUCUUUUCCUUGAAACCCUUUUUAUUAAUUGCUUGCUUAGCACUUGAAUGUACCAAAAUCCUUUCACUGACAUCAUACUUCCUGCAGCUCUUGUGAAGUAGAUCACUGUUGUUUGCAUUUCUUUGGAGUAGGGUGGGGGAGUGAUGCUAAAGGGCUUGCCGCAGUCCAGCCAGCAAGCUUAAGGCUGGUGUGGCUGCUUCCUAACAAGUCAAACCAUUAAACCAUGCAGGCCUCCAGGGUCUCAGGCAGGGGGCAUUUUCCCAGCUGCCUUGCCUAAGAUCCUGGGAAUCUGCAGAUGCCAGUCUCAGCCUGUGACCUGCAUGCAAAAGACAUGUUACGCCACUGAGCAUUUUUGGCUCUCAGCUAAGGAGCUAGCCUUCAGCACAGUUCUUAGUAGCCUAUUAUGUAAUUGUUGAGUCUUUUAAAAAAUCUCUUAAAUACUCUUCUUCUGUUGGAAAAGCCCUCCUUUGACACCAGCGGUAACCUGUAGAGCUGGGAUUAGCAGUCUUCAGGCUGAAUUUCACCCUUUUAGCGCCUUAAAACAUCUUGGGAGAAAUGGAGACCUAUAUGCAAUUGAGACCAGGAAUCCUACCUUUGGUAUGUAGAUAUAUUUUUCUUACCAUGGAUAACCCCCAUCCUACCAUCCCAUGCCCCUCUUCAUUGUGCCAAGCUGACAAAAAGUACUUCUCAUCUAGCAGGCAGAAAUGUGUUUGGUGUGUUACUGAAGACGUAGUUGUCAACCACGGUUACAUUGAGAACAUUGUGAGAGGCUGCAUGCAAAUAGCCCAGAUAGCAGACAGGUCUGUGAAAGCAUGUAGGUAAUCAUGUCCAGCCUAGAACAGCAUCUUUUUGAUGCAUGUGAGUAUUUGUUUAACAAGCUUAACCGGUAGCCUACUCUUCCUCAAAGGGUUCAGAGCAGCUUUCAUUGAGGUUUCUCCCAUCUGGGCACAUUACCUGCGUAUCUUUCAUUAUGUGCCCUUCCAUGCUGUUCUCAUUUAGUGAGAGAAAGGCAGGGAUCACAGUUGUCUUCUCAAAAAGUUUAGUAGAGCCCAAGAAAACUUCAGAAGAUACCUGUGGGAUAUUUUUUUUUCUUGUGUUAAAUUAGCUUGGGUGAGAAAAGGCAGGACAACACUUCCAGCUCACUCCAUGCAUCUUUAUUGAAAGAGGAGCACACAGCCCGUAAAAAGAGCUGUGGCUUAACAGCAGUUCAGGCAUGGCAACCUUCUGGUUCUAACAGGUAGCCAUCUCCUCAGCCGCAGAGGUCUGACCCUUGUUCUGUAAAGGGGCUUGCUGCAGGAGCAGUUUGUGGUGAUGAAAAAGCGCCCCUAAUUCUUCUCUAGUGGCUGUUCUUUUAUUGCUUUGAGAUACUAUAUUCAGACCACACCUGUGUGGUUUUAUAGCUGGCAAUCCAUUACACAUGUAAGUAGAGUGUGAGGGGCAAAGAUGCCUAACCAGAUACUGUGUGACAGGAUCACACUUCUCCAGGGGCCGUGCUGCUUUUUAUUAUAAUUCCUGGCAGGCUGCAUGCAGCCUUGCUCAUUCAACUGACAGGUCUGUGCCCCCUCCCUAGUAAUACCCUGUAAACUGUUUAUAUUAGAAAGGCCUUGCUGUUGUUGUUGGGACUCCCAACUCCCUUCAGAUCCAGCCAAUGAUCAGGGAUUAUAGGAGUUGUAGUCCCAACAACACUGGGUGGGGGGGCACAGGUUCCCUACACCUGGUUUAUAUAUUAAAUUAUUUAGCAUUUAUGCCCCUCCAAAUAUCUCAUGCUAGUUUGGGAGUGGGAGGUGCAAGUAAUAUUGCCCCGCUGGAGCUUGGGUGAAGGCAGAAAUGCUCACUUGCACAGCAGCAGCCCCCUACUACCCAAGUGGCAAACAUUGCAGCUGCCUGAAGUGGCAUGAAAGAGGAGCUGUCCUGGUAAGUGAGGCCUUUUCCAUAGGGGAGAAUGCAGGCAGCUAUAGAUAGUUACAUGUGCAAUAUUGUCUCCCUGUAGCCAGUGUAAAGAAGAAUUUGGAGGACAAUCUUAAGACACACUAUAAUGAAAUCACUUAUUGGCAAAAAGAAUAAAAUAAAAAACGGCCAUAUUUCCAGUCUUACUACUUAAAAACACUCGCAUCAAGGUCAGGCUUGUUCUCCUUACACCUAAUAGCAGCUACCAAACACUAAUCUGCAGGGCAGGGGGGCGGGGGGGCAAGGGACUCAAUCCCAGGCAGCGGACCUAGGCUGCUAAUGAACAAACUCCCUGAAGUGCCUGAUGCUUACAGCACAGAGCUGCAGCCAGCCCCUUGGCCUUCAUUAUUCCUGGGGUGCCUCGGACAGAUCUUUGCUGAAGAUCAACCAGUCCUCUGCAGAUACAUGUUAAAACGGAAUUUGUGUUAAAAUGUAGCUUUUGCACGAAGACAAAAGCUUCAAUACAGCCAACUCUCAAAUCUUCCCACGGUCCCCAAAUGCUGGUGCGUGCUCGUAAAGCUCACUUAGACGCUUCUCCUCCUGCAUCUCAAUUAGGGCACUGCGCUGGUUCACCACCUCCAGCAACUGGGACAGGAUCUCCUUCUCUUUCAGCUGGUCUUCUAGGGUUUUUGAAGUUUCUUUAAGAAACACACACAAAAAAUGCGGCUCCAAGUCAGUCACUAUUAUGGCAUAGAAAACAGGGAGCCUGCGGUCAUCCAGAUAUUACAUGACUGCAUCUCAAAUUAUCUCUGCCCAUUGGCCAGGAAUUGUAGUCCCAACAAUCUGGAGAGUCACAGGCUCCCCACCCCUGCUGUGAAUGAAAUCUCUGUUUAGCGUCUGUAUAUUUAAUUCUUCUCAGCAGUUAAGUGAAAUCAGGCAGACAGCUUGUCUCCAUUAUGACAUUCCCAGAAUUGCAUUCUGUUUAGGACAAAUUAAUCCACAUACCCCGUCUUCUCCAUCACCAGUGCGUAUUUAGAAACAUUCUAUACACACAAUGAAAAUAUCUAACCCUAACAACAGAUCAUGAGAACAAAGGAGCUGGUUCAAAGUUUGAAUAAUUAAUCCAUGCUAAGUUAGCAGGGGGUGGGCAGGAAUCGCAUGCACUGCUUUCUGCAAUGGUAUGCAGGUUUUCCAUUAGAAGCAGGUACAUAUAAGAUGCCAGAGUUCAUUAACUUGGCUAACGGGCUCUAACUAGAAUACAGCAGGCAUAACUGAGUGCAUAAAACAAUUCUGCUUGAUGCAAGAGACUUGGGUUCCUUUGCCAACUAGCUUAAAGCCCAAGAGAAUCAGAUAUAGUAAAUAGCAGGGUAGCAAGCUUCUGAUUCGUGUAUCCAUCCUAAGUGACCUUUUCCUCCCCUCAUUCAGUCAAUUGAUUUACAGUAAUCAAUUCUGUGAAUGAAUAAAAAUAUGCUCCCACUUAGCUUGGCAAGCAUUUUUUGGGUUUCUCUGCAUUUCCUAGUAUAAAUCUGGACCCCUUAUACUCUCUCUUACCAUCCAUAUUAUCGUAUUGGCGCAGCUCAUGAUCCAGUUGGCACUGCUGUUCCUCUAGUUUCAGCUCUUGCACCCUAUGGGGUACAACAACAACAACAACAAAUUUAUUAAAUUUGUGAGGUCCAUGCCUUUACACAAAAUACCAUAAAACAUUAUUAAAAGAUAAACCAAAAAGAUUAUAAAAGUAAGCUAAAAUUCAUGCUAUGUUGUCCCAGCAAGGAAACUACCCAAAAAACCCCACCAUUCAAGGAAGAAGGUUCAGCAACAGGUUAGGAGAGCAAUGGGAGGGACCUCACCAUUUCAUCCAGGAACCAUAUCCUAGUUUUCAUAGCCUUCACCACAAAGACCGCUACCACGUGAGAAAUCCGUGGAUCAGCGUCUACCAGUAAAAACUUUACUUGGUCCUCAGGGUUGACUAUUGAUUUAGGUAUAGUUUGUAACAUCGCAUCCCUGAAGGCCGAAUAGAUGGGACAAUACAACAUGUAAUGUAUGAGAUCCUCUUUGGUUCUCAUAUAACAAGGACAUAUCCGCUGCUCUACUGGGAUUUUUGCAUAUCUGCCUGACAGAUAGGCCGUAGGAAUGGUUUGAAAACGGGCCAUAGUAAAGGCUCUCCGAAGAGUGGGAUUGGUGAUAUUCUCCAAGUAGUUGGCGCAGAUUUUGACUGCUUUCAGUCGGGGAAGCCAGUGGGAGGACCCUGGGAUCUGUAUUUUUGUGGUAUCUAACAGAGCGUCUCUCUCCAGGAUCCAUUUCCGGACUUUGUCCGGGCUCCACCGAUUGAGGAGAUUAAACUCCGGUAGGGUGUAUCUAACCAGGAUCUCAGAUAAGUUUUGGCGCCAAGUGGUAUUCUUUUGAAAAGAUACGAAGGCUUGUUUGGCCAAUAAGGUGUUUGAAGAGUUUGCAAGGUUGAUGUAAAAUCGUAGGAAUCUUAGGUGGGCCCUGGCAGACACAGAGGGUAAACCAACCUCCACCCUCAAGAAGGCUGCUGGGGUUCCUUGAGGAGGCCUAGAAUCUUCUUGAGAUAGUAGUUUUGCAAAAUUUCAAGCCGUUCCAACAGCCUCUGGUUCCACCCCCAGAGUUCUAUCCCAUAUAACAUCUGGGGAAUAGCUUUCCCAACGAAGCUCUUAAUGCCGGGAUCACCAAUUGUCCUCCCCUGGUAUGGAAGAAACUAAGCAAAACACCAAUUGUUCUUCGUGUUAGGAUGGUUACAGCCUUAAAGUGGGCUAGCCAGCUAGAUGUGGCCUGGAAUGUAACACCCAGGUAUUUAAAAAAAGGGCACUGUUCAAUCACUUGUUCAUCUAAAGACCAUCUAAAGGUGUGUCGAGCUCUAGUAAACACCACAAUUUUUGUUUUAUCAUGGUUUAUCUUUAGUGAAUUAUGGGAACAGUAGGCUGCGAUCCCCUCCAGCAUGCUGCGUAAGCCUCUUCGGGUGAGUGCCAUUAAAACCAUGUCAUCGGCAUAUAGCAAAAUAUUCAGGCGUUUACCUUCAAGGGCUGGAGCCGAUGACUUGUACUUUGCCAUGUACUGGACAAUGUCGUUUAUAUAAAAGUUGAAAAGAAAUGGGGCUAGCAGGCAUCCCUGUUUGACCCCUUUCCCAAUGGCAGUGGGUCCGUAAGAGUUCCCGAUGGCCCAGUUCUGAUUUUGACUGUAAUGUCUGUAUGUAACUCUCUGAGAAUUUUUAAAAGUCGUCUGUCAAUGUCCGUUUCAUAUAAUUUUUUCCAUAGUCUAUCUCUACAAACCCUAUGGGGUAAAAAAUAACAACUGAGAACUUUGGUCAUUUAUAAUUGAGAAGCUCAUGAUGGUAUACAAGAUCCACUCUUGAGAAGUCUUCCAAUUGAUUCUCCCUUUGUUAGUAACAGUCCUCUGUAUACUGUCAGCUCAAAUAUCCAUCUACUUUAAGCCUCAUUAAGAACAGACUAUUGGGCAGGAGUUAAAGUAGUAAUGAAUAAGGCAUGUCUGCCUUGUCUAACUGGAGCUUCCCAGGGAAAGGUCCUGUUGUCCCUGAGAUAGCCAAUACUUCUGCAGUUUACAGAGGCCUUUCUAUCUACAGAACAUUACCAGGGGAGUAGUUCUUCUAUAUACACAUGGCAGACUUUCAACAUAAGGUCUGGUCCAGUGCCAACUUUGCAUGGGUUCAUUCUCAGAAUUCCCACUGCUGGUCUGCAUCAGCCUCCCAGAUGUUGCUGGACUCAAGCUCCCAUCAGUCCCAGCUCAUGUGGCCAGUGGACAGGGAUGAUGGGAGCUGUAGUCCAAUGAAAGGCUGGCGUAUGACACAUUCUGCCAGCUGUAUGUGUUUUGUUUCAAAUGAGCUAGCUGUUUAAAACCAAGCAAGGAAAGGGGACAAAAACGACUUUUUAAAAUGGCUUAGGGGACUAAGAUCUGCUAGUAAGUCCAAGAGCAACUCUAAACCCCUUCACCUCCCUUCCCCACCCUUGACUGGCACAGUAGUUCUAUUCAUGCUGUCUGUGUGACACACCAUCUUCCAGCACUCUGAAUAUGAACUAGGUUGGGUUGUUAACGGCAUUCAAGGUAGCGCAGGAACCAGAAGAAUGCCACUGGGGUAUCAAGAAAAACUGAGCACUACAUGUGAUAGUACAGGAAGGAGCAGUGCUGUGCCAACUCCCCUGUGAUGAGAACUGACAUGAGUACCAGGUCUCAAAACUAUGAGAGGCAUGGUCUCUUACGCAAUCAUGAGGUCAGACUCCUCGCACAUCAGGCUGUUCUUCUUUUGGACCAGGGAAAGCAGCUGGUUCAUCCAUUGUUUUAGUUCAGCAUCUGUUCCUGGAGGAUAAAGGAGGGAAGAAGUUAUCCCAGGAGUACAGCUGCCAUUGCAUGUAUUAUCCAUAGGCUGCAGCCUCACCCCCAUCUCUCUUGGCGGAAGCCCAGGCUCUUACCUCUCUCUUCCCGCAGAGAUCGCUCCAGCUCUAUGCCCUGUUGUUCAAGCUCUCGGAAAGUCACUUCAAUCUCUUCCAGCCUCCUCUGGAUUGACUGGAAUGCCCAAGCAAUAAAGAGUUGGUCAAAUGAAGAAAGCAUUUCAAAGUGUAAGGAAGAGGAACCCAAGCACGGGUGGAUAGCUUCCCAGAAUAGCUAGCAGAAACUCUUAUAGGGUAGUAGUACAUUUUUGGCAAAACCUGGCAGUGCUUAUGAUUGUCUAUGAAGCAAAAAAUGCCCGUGUGUUACAUCAUUAAAAAUCUAAGGGCAUGAUCCAAUCCCUCCGGCACCUGAAACUGUGGAUGUACAGGCUACUUAAGACUAUAAGUGUAAUUGAGUCAUUUUACAGUCUCUUGAAUAUUUCUGCCAUUAACUUUAUAUGUGCGUACCAUUUGCAACAGUUUAGAACCUAUCAACUGUUGUGAAAUAACUCACAAAGGAUUUAUAACUAUCACCAGCCCGCAUCACGCUCAUAUAGUUCUAUAAAUUAAAUUUUGAAAUACUUUAUACCAUUAGUUGAAUGAGCAAAAUAGUCAACCUAGGGCUUCACACAGAAGGUGUUUCGGCACAGGAAGCAGCACACCAUUUCCACGUAACCCAAACAUCCUGCACCUGUGAGCUUCAACUGUAUAUAUACUGUACACAGUAGUUAUAUACAGCCUUCCAGAAGCAGGUCUGCUUGAGAUGUUUUAUUAUUUAAAAGCAUUUCUAAACUGCGACCCUAUUUUAACAUCUCUAAGCGGUAUGAAAAAAUACAACAUAAAAACCAGUGAAAUAGUAUAAAAAUUAAUUAAGAACCUGGCACAAUCUUCUGGCGCUUGGGCUCAUGGGAGUUAUCCUCCCAAUGUUCUGAAGUGCAUCACAUUCCAGUUUCAGGAAGCCUAACCUACUUAUAUGGGGUGGGGCAUUAACAGUGGGAGCAACUAGGGUACAAGAGGAAAAGUGGGGGAAGCUAAGUGAGAGUUUACAUCUAAAUUAACAGGAAGAGGGCUCCAAAGUGGAGAAAAUAUGUGGUGCAUGGGUGAUACUAAAGCCAGGAACUGGUACUAUCAAGCCAGUGGAAAUGGGCUAUUUCACAUUAGAAGUGAACACUGUUUUUUAGUCUUUCGUUCAUUUGUUACAAUCCAGCUUGGAAGGGUAUAUAUAUAUAUAUAUAUAUAUAUAUAUAUAUCCUAAAGGGCAGAUUGGAAGUCCAUUAAAUAAUACUUUUUAUACAGGUCAACAAUGUCACACAUCAUUAGUCCUGGUAUAGGGCAGCUCCCCAUUUUAUGCAGCAAACACAACAAGGGUGAUUCCCUACCCCUAGUGAAUCUUUAAGCAUUCCUGCACUGGAAACCCUUCCUGGAACAGCUGGAUGUCUACACAAUGAAUUUUCUCUGGGAAAUGGUUGUAAAGCUUGGAUAUAUGCAAGCAAACAUUCACCACAUAAAGCGUGCAGCUGUUUAUAAUAACAGGGAGAAUCUCUAGAGACACCUAACAGCCUCGGGGCCUGAGAUGUGAAAUAGCAGGCUGCAAGGUAUCUGAAGCUUCCACCCUUAAUUUUUGCAGCCCCAUUCCUCACUGGGACGAUCCCUGUAAACAUAUCAGUGCCCGUCCACCAGCGGAGCAUGCAAGUAUUACCUGCGCUUUGCAAAACCUUUUCAUUUGUGCCUCUUUGGCUCGUCGCAUCAGUGUCUUCUUCCACGUUGGAUACUGAGGUUCUUCAGUGAAGCUCAGGAAAUGCUGCAGCCACAACACACAAACAAGAAUCAAAUGAGAUGUUUUUAAAAGCCGCUGUCCACCAUCUAAACUGCAGCCACAGUUUAGGGCUAGACAGUGACCCAGCCCCGUUACAAGAAGGUACAAAAAUAAAUACAUAAGCCCAAGGUGCUUGGUAUGACAUCACUGGGGAAAAGACGAGUGAAUUGUUAUCGCAAAAUCGAGAGCCUACCCUGCAGCUGCAAGAAGUCUUGACAGAGUGACUCACUCUCCAGUCAAAACUUGUUGUGUAGACAGGACCAUGCCCAGAAUGCACAAUGGAGAGUGUUGUCUUCAGGGCUUUGUGAGGUUCUUGUUAGUCAUCCUUUCAGAACACAGAUGUCUGCUUCUGUUCUUACAGACCCCCAAGCCAAUUGCAGCCCCCUUGAGGGGGAAUUCCAAAUAUUCGUCUGUGAUCCUUUUCCAGAUGUGUGUCAUAAAUUUAGGGCCUAGCACCACCCAUCCAAACUGGGGAUAGGGAGGAGCUCCAUGGAUAAUAAGGUGCCUACUGGAGCUUCCAGCCAGCCACACCACUUGGCCAACUACUUCUGAGACGCCCUUUGUUGAUAUGAAUGGCUGGGAGCGUGAAAGACUUGUGGCCUGUUGCCAUUGAGAUGGAGGAGAUGGGGCAAUGGGAGGGGUUUGGGGAAGAAAAGAAGAACGAAGAUGGGGGUGUACAGAGAAACCUGUAGGGUAAGGAAAGAGAAAAGGGGGGAUAACAGAUGCAGAGAAACUUGUGACAGUAUAGGGGGAUAAGAGCAAAUGAUGGGAUGCAGACUUUUUAAAAAAUAAUAUAAACACAAAAAUUAAUAGGCUAGAGAGAGAAAAAGAAGGGAGAAGGUGAGCCUGUUGAGUCAGAAAAAACAAAAAAGGAGCUACGGAGAGGGAGAAAAGUGAAUUUUUUUGGAGAGGGGAGAGAAAAAGAAGUAGAGUUAACAGAAGAGUGGUGAGAGGAAUCCCAUGAUUUGCUGAAGAGAUUAUGUUAAAAACCGAAAGAAAAUGCUCUCCUGCUGUUAAAAGCAGAGAAUUGAAGAGUUGGAAAGGACCACAAGGGUGAUCUAGUCCAACCCCUUCAAAGCAGGAAUCUUGCCCAACACAGGGCUCAAACCCAUGACACUGAGAUUAAAAGUCUUAUGCUCUACCAACUGAGCUAUCCCAGUUUUGCUAUGUUUGGAUGUCAUGAUGAUAACACAGCCCUCCUGAGUUACUGAAAACGGUGCUGAAAGUGAUUUGAGUUGUGCUUGUCUGCUGUGGUGGAAUUGAAGUUUGGGCUUCUACACUCACAAUAUAUGCUGCAAGAUCUUGGCUCGUUGCUUCUUCCUCCUCUUCUUCCUCUUCACUGUCACUGUCAAUCUCCAGAGAAUCUGUCAAAAAAAAAGGACAAGAGAAAAAUAUUUCAUUUCAGUGACUUCUGGAAUGACGCCAUAAAUUAAAGGGUGAUUUGGGAGCUGGGGGUGGAGUGAAGCUAUAUUUUAUAGCUAGAGAUAUCCAAGAGAAGAACUGGUUUUAUAUAAUGAAGUGGGGAAGCAGGCACAUUGAUGCUAUGUUCACUUCUUUUCUACGGGCAGUGAAGGUAGAAUUACUUCUGUACCAAUCAAAAUCUGGGCCCAACGCUGCUAACAAUGAAAUUCCUCAUCACCAGUUAGUACUGCAGUGAUCUGAGACCCAAAACAAAACUGUUCCAUAGAGGCCAGUGGAUGCCCUUAAACAUUUAUGAAGCAUUAACAGAACAGGGCACGUGCUUCCUGUUUUAUGGUCUCCAGAAAGAGGACAAAGGUUAAGAAAGAUAACAGGAAAGCACAAUAUGGGAGGGUUAACUCCCAUGUCGAAGAACAGAAACGGGUCUGGCAAGCUAUGUGAGUUGGAUUAAGCAGGCAAUGUGGAGAAUGCUGCUGAUGCCGCCACCACCACCUACUUAAACCACCUCAUCUUAAAGGAUGAGGGUUUAUUAGAAGACACUACCAUGGAAGUGGACCAGAGUAAACAGCUCUCUGGGCCACAAUGAAGGCAACUCUGAUCUGCUAAAAUCCCAAAUGCUUCCGUUUCAGAAGCAACAAGCUAAAUGUUCAAUGUCACAAAGAAUAAUGUGUUUUAAUAUGGGAUUGCACGGUGGAGAAUCCCAUGUGAGCAGGAUGAACAUCGCACAGCACACACAAAUGGAUAUGCUACUCAGGAAGCCCUGAAGCCAUAUGCAGCUGUACAGGAAAGAGCACAUGGUGACAGCUGAGCAUGGCCUUUGACGCUUAGGUUUAAAAUCAAAGGUGGGGGAGCCAUUUCAAUGGCUCUGAUGUUGUUCAAGUUUUGCUGAGGUUUCCUCCCAUGUUUAUGGUCUGCCCCAAACUUUGGGGAUAAGGCAUAUGAUAUAUAAAUAAAACAACCUUCUGAGAUGGUGCUGAAGCUGCGUUCUUCUAUUUUCAUAUCUGGAAAGUGAAAUGAGGCUGAUAUUGGACUCAGUCGGGAUAACUCAAGCUUUUCCAGGGCUGACAAGCAAAUCUUUUUCUUUGGAAGAUUUUCACACUCCUUCUGUUCUAGUUUGGGGCUCUGAGCAGUUGGCACCUUUCCAGAAAGAAAAGGAUCUGUAUCAGUUCCUUGAAUUCCUGUCACCAGGCUGUCACGUGUCUCUUCUUGGGACUGGCUGCCAGUCCAAUUUUCUGGUUCAAGUCUCUCUCUUUUUGGACUGGCCCUGUUUCCAUCUCUGCCUUCACCUACAACCUCUGAAGCUAAACCAGCCUCAGAAACAGAGUCCCCCAACUUCUUGUCCACCUCCACUAAUGGUUGACGAUGUGGAUGCCAGGAUGAGUUCAUAGUACAAGAGCCUCCAUUUACUCUGGCUGGGAGUAAGCUGUGGCCUUCAGCAGCUGAUUUAUGAAGUUCUGUAGGUUGACCUGUUGGCAGCUGAUCUUUGAAAGACAGCAGGUUCUCAUCCAGGCUUGGUUGAUAUGGACCCUUUUCCAUCUUCUUGUCCUCAGCAGCCAAGUCCAGAAUGCCUUUGUCUGAAGGAAUGAAGAGUUUGGAGGAAUCCUAGGGAGACAAAAAAGCCAGUUUUCCAAGCAAGCAAGUUGCAAGGCUGUCGCCCAUGAGCGUGACAGGAAGUAACAUGGAAUACGCUACUGGACAGAGUUACUAGGUUAAUUAUCAGCUAGGGAGUGGCCUUGCUAGUCAGCACCAAAUGCCUCCAGUUCUGAAAAGGCAUCCAUCCCACUCACCUUACGUGCUGCUCUGACAGAGGUUGUGCUGCUGGGUGUAGUUAUGUCCUUUGAGGUAGGACAGUGCAGCAUGCAGUAGAAAUUACCUAGGAGUAAAAUCAAGAUAGCCAUAAUCAGGUAGGGUAUGUUGCUUGCAUUCACCUGACUUGCCAAUAAACAUGACUACCAGAGCAGAUUCAGAUCCCUCUAGGAGAAUAAAAGCAAAUGGUGCAAAUGAAUCUUGAUAUGCACUUGCAGGAAGUAGAGACACAAUGCAAAGAAAGGCAGCCAGUUUGGAUUUCAGAGAAAUCAAACAAUGCCCCCGUCUGCACUGACGGCUGUGCCAUUCAGGCUAACCAACUGCGUCUUCUCAACUCCACUCACCGUCAUCUUCAUUGAAGGCGUAGUCCCCCAGCCGCAGUGUCGUCUUGCAGCGGUGACACUUGAAACAGCCACGGUGGAAGAAGCAUCCCUCCGCGCUGACUCGCUCCAGGAUGUACACACGAUCUCCGCAGAAAUAGCAGGCAUCGCUGCUCCUCACUGAGGAGGUGACAGGGCUCUGCCAAAAGACCCACACCUUUAGGACCACACGUUCCAAGUCAUCUUGUGCUUUGGUUUCAAAAUACAUGGUUCAACCCAAUGAGGCACAUUAACAAAUAUCCACAAGUUGCUGGACUACAACUCUCAUGAUCCCUGAGCUCCUGCUGGGAUGAUGGGAGUUGUAAUCCAACAACAUCUGGGAGAGCCGCUGGUCCCCCACCCCUGGUAAUGGUAACAGCCCUCUGGCCUCUCUGCCUCCGACAUCUAGCAAUGACCUCACUCCAUCCCGAGUGAGAUAAACGUAUCAGGCAGCAAGUUACAUUCCAAUGUCUUUCUCCAAGAAAACAGCCUCAACAAGACAAUGACUACAAGGUCCAGCAAGUCGUUCCUUUCCGUCAGAUAAGAGGAAGGGCGGGUUUGAGUCUCGAGAGAAGAGAGCUGCCAGGCUCUCUGCCAGCAUGUAACUGCAGCAGAUGAAUGCAAUAACAAUCUUCGUUUUUUGCCCAGUGACAUCUGGCUUCUUCCAGGCCUAACAGCUGUUUCAGCUUGGCUUAUGCAUGAGAGCUAGCAGCCUGCAACCUGAUACAGGGAGGAACAUUUAGCAGCCGCCCUGAGUGUGGGCAAGUGGUCAGCCUUCAUAGGCAGCAUCCAACCUCCUCGCAACUGUUAUUUGCCUCCAGUGUAUCCUACCAGCCAGAAUUCUGGUGCAACUUUUUUUUGUGAAAAGGGAGGAAAUCAAUGUUUCUUUGAGCACUUAAAAAUAAAUUUGUGGUGGGCCACAGCAAAGUUCAAAUUGGAACUGAGGCAGGGUGGGAUUUCCCAAAUGACAUUUGAGUUCCAAUUUUCACAGGUGGAAUUUGACCCUUGGGAUCAGUCUUUGAACUGCAGUCUUAAAGUUAUAUUACUCGUCUGGCAGUUGCAGUCAAUAAACUGCAUGCACUAGAUUUCCCAUCAUGUGUUAAAAGGUCAGAAAAUCUACAGAGUCAAUAGCAAUGACUCAAAUAAGGAGGGUUAUGGAGUUUCCUUAAAUGAAACUCCCUGAAAUACACACUGGAUUAAAAAAUGGAAUUUUUCAGAAGCAAUGAAUUUUCAGAAGCAAUGAAUUUCCAUUCCCAUCACUAGUCCGGACCCAGACAUAUCUAAUGUUGACUUCACACAUAACCAGAUUCCUGCAAUAAAGGCAUUUCCAUGUAGAAAUUCACAGGAAACCCAAAAUGUAACCAUAAUGUGUGAAGAUGCUGCACUCAAAAGAGUUCCCCUCCCCCCCCCCCGUAUAUUCAUGCAAUGGGAAACUGCAGAUGGCUAAAGCUUCCCGCAGGCAGUGAAAUACCACAGGAGUUUGGUAUACUAUGAUCCACAUGCAGAUUUCAUGUUCAUUUUUUCAAGCCAGUACCUUCCAUGUGGAAUCAUCACAUAUGACAUCCUCUAAAACUUGUCUAGUACCAGAUGAACCCCUAAGUGCAAUGACGGAAGAACUUACCCCAGCCUCUUGCUUGGUCUUUUUGGCUUGGUCAUCCACUGCAGAGCUCUCCUGCAAUCGAAAAUUAUGACUUUGGAGCAGCAGAAAAGACAGAAGGCCAAAGACACUUGGCUCCUGCAAUAAACGUAACCCCCACUGCCAGCCCCCCAUCCUGUGCUUCUUACUAGGCACAUCUGAAAAUGGGGAGAGCUAAAGUGAUCUGGGAAGAGAUCAUACCAGCUGCCAAAGGGCCACUAGCCAGCACAUAAGGCACAAACAAACACACUGCUGGGAAUGUCUGGUGAUGGGCUAGCAAUGGCUGUGGAGAGAGACUCACCAGGGCACGUUUACGUGAGAGAGAGAGACUUUUCUGAAGCUUGCUGAGGAAGAGGAUCGCUCCCUUGGUACCACGUGUCGACAGAAUCGUCGAACUUUUCUCUUCUGGUACUGGAAGAGAGAAUGCAGUGUUUAGGAACUUGGGAAGCUGCCAGAUACUAGUCCGUCUAGCUCAGUACUCUACUGUCUACAAUGACUGUGGCAGCAGCUUUCCAGGGGUCCCCGAACUACCUGGAGAUGCUGCAGAUUGAACCUGGAAUUGAACCUGGGAAGAGUCCCCAAGGACCAGGCAGAGAGGCCUGGAAACAAGGUUCCCCACUCCCCUUGUGAGGCUUUCCUUGUAGGAAAAUCCCCAGGACUGGGUUCCUUGGGAUUCUCUACCUGGAGAGUUCUUGAAGGCAUCAUAAAACUGGCUCAGGUAGGUGAUCAAGCCAAGCCUCUGAGGUUCGGACAUCGAAGCCAUUUCAGUGCUGGAGAGGACCGGAGGGAUCCCUAGCUCUUGCUCUGCCACGUCUAAGGCCAGCUGGUUGUUCCCAAUGGGGUCGUUCUGGUUGAGUGCAUUGACGUCUCUGGAGAAGGAAGAUACAAAGUCAAGGUGACUGACAGGACUUAGCCCAGACUGAGAGAAACUUUAACCAGACACCUGAAGCAGAAGGUGAAGUGUGUGACGGUUUCUUUAAAAACGAUAGCAGCACAACUCCCAGCUCAUGACAAGCUGGCUUGUGUGAAGCGGCUGCCAUGUGCGUUACUGGGCACCAGGAGGCAGUCACACAAAUUAUGUUUUACUUUAAACAAAACAGGAAAACCACACACAGCACUGCUUCCAGUAAUGGGAUGUCAGCCAGCAAUCUUCCCACCCCUGUUUUAACAACCUUGCUCCCGUCUCAUUUCACUAUGCAAGGACAGGAAGACUCCCUGUCCUUCUCUUGAUCACCAAAAACAGGCAAAUGAAAUGUCGCUGCCAUCCUAUCUGGCAGGCAAGACUGUGAAGCAACAGACUCCCAGGUUGGGGAGUCUGUGGCUUUGUGGCCAUCAACCCCCUGAAACACCCUCUAGGAAUUGAGAAACAUGCAGAGACUGCUUUGUGGUGGGGCGGGGCACCUUUUUCAGACUGAAGACCAUACUCCCUUCCCACAGCCUGGGUAGAGUGUCCCAUGGCAGUGGCAGGCAGGGAGACCAGCAGCAAAAGUGGGUAGAGCAAUUAGUGUAAAUUCUAUCUGUAUAGUAGCUGGUUUCUUCACACCUGCACCUCCCUCUCUCUCCUCCAUCCAGGUAAGUGAGAGGCCUGAUCGGAUCUCAAGACACAUCCCAGCCAGGCAUAGGGACUCAAGGAGGUGCAAAAUAAAGGAUGUCAUGUGGGGGAAGUCCCACAGGAGAGACCUGGAGAGAUGUGUUUGGCUCCUGGGCCUGAGGUUCCCCAUCCCUGCUCUGUGGCAACAUAAACAUGAGCAGAGGCAUCUUUUAAAGUCACAUCUGCCUUUAUAGCCACCCUCUCUUUUGCCGUGACUGGUAAGAGGGAAGGAGGAAAGGAUGGUUGCUGUGGGGAAGAGGCUUGAGAAUUGGUACCUCUCUAGAUCAGCAGGGCAAAAGCUGCCUGCAGGCCACAAGGUCUUCCCAUGCCUGGCCUAACUUGACCCUGACAUCUGAGGCUCAGUGGACUCCCCUUGGUUCUGAACCUCCAACACAAAGGAAGACUAGGAUGGAAGCGUUCAGCUCUGCUUUUCUGAAGUAGAACUGUAUAGAGUAGGAGAGUUCCACUUACAACAAAGGCAGCAGUACCAUGUGGCGAUUUCUAGAGGCGGGGUCGGGGAUAGGUGCUGAGCUUCCCAAAAAGGGAGCAAAUCACCAGGUCAGUAAUGGAGAUCUCUAGGCUGACUAGAUCUGUGGCUCACACACACAGCUGCUAUUCCAGCAUCAAAUGGCAACUUGCAUGUGUGUGUGAGCCACCACAGAUCAAACUUCUUGCAAAUCGCUGCAUAUCACUUUGUAUAUAAUACAUUUCACUGCAGUCCAUUCACACUCUCAGCUGUGUUAUAAAGAAUUAAGAAAUAAAGGCAUAUAUGGACUAGCCCUUAAUUUAGGCAUUUGGGAUACACAGUUUGCUGAAUGUGUGUGUGAUUUAGAAAAAAAAGCACUUAGCCACAGAAUAAGUUGACCUGCACAACAAAUUUAAAAUAUUUUUUUCUACAAAUGGACAGUAUAAUCACUCUGAAGUAGCGUUUCCUGAGCGGUACAGCAAUGGCUAAUUGUUAUGCCUUUAUAAAGUUUGCCUCUAAUGUGCCCACAAGCAUUCCCUCCCUCCGGCAAGGCUCACUCACAGAAGAUCUGGUCGGAAGUGAUGUAUGAGGGCACACAGGGCCAGGCCACUUUUCCAGGAGGAUGUGAAGUCUUCUACCUUGAUGCCAAGAUAAUUUGCUGUAUUAGUUUGACACCAGCUAAGCAGCUCCUCAUAGGCUCUGUUGGAAUCUGGAGAAGGGUGGAUGAAGGAUGAUGGAGAGGAGAGAGAAAGAGCAAACCAAGCUAAGGGUACAUGAAAGAGAGACACUUGGUCCAGUUCCCAAGAUGUACCUAGUGACAAGCAGGGAUUGGGAAUCUUUCGGCCCAAUCUUCUUCCACCCCCUCCCCAAGGGGCCAACUCUAAUCUUCUGAUGUCAUGAUGGCAUCAGAUGACUUGAUGGAUGGGCAGUCCAACCCAUAUAGCCAAGGUGACUCAUAGGAAAGGGGUUGGCAAAGCAGCACCCAGCAGGACUGAACCCUCCACUCACCAUUCCCUGCUUGGGCUACACUUGUGAAGCAACACCCAGCUGGAUUGAAACCACCUCCCACCAGUGACAUCACCCAGUGACAUCAGAUGAUAGACAAGUGGGCAUGGUUUGGGAGGGGAAAUGGCCUCAUGAGUCCAACUGGACCCCCUGGCAGACCAAGAUUAGCCUGUGGGCCAGCAGUUUAAUAGGAAUUAAUAGGAUUUCUGUAAUGCACAGUACCUAGUUUGGCAACAUAUCAGGGUUUAUUGUCUGAACUUUUCCUCCUCCAUCAGAGCUCAGAAAAGGGGAAAAGCCUAACACAUAGCUACCAACAGAGAUGAGACUGUGUAUGUGCUACUUUAGGAUUAGGGCAGACUGCUGUACUCCAAGUCCAGCUAAAUAGGGAGCUUCAGGCAGCUUUUAUGCUGACAAAAUGUGACUGCUUUGCCUAAACCACAGCUCUGUUGCGAUAGGAAGAACAACCACCAAAGUAUACUUUGCUUCCAUCCAAAACUAACCUGGCACCACUGACCCUACUCUGAUGCCACACAGGAACCCACAACAAUCACAUUGCCAUCAUCUGCACCGCUGAUUUACACAUCAGCAUGCAAUAGAUUUGUAACAACAUCCUUAGCUUGGAAUCCAUCAACGCACAGCCUAAAAGCUGAGUGGAAGUGAAUCAGAGAAGUCUUCCUAGUAGCUAGCACUCCAUUUCUAACCAGGGUGACAGUGAACGGGCAGGUCACAUUAUCUCCCCACCUCCCAAAACACAUAGUUAUUUGCUAACCAUCACAAGGGCUAUUCCAUAAGCAGAGCAAGGCCAAGGGGAACAGACUGGGCUAUGGAAAACAAUGACAGUGUGGGAGGAAACAUGAGAAAACACAGAGAAGAAACAAGAGAGCUGUAAUUUAAAGAGGGAAGGGAGAGCCAGAGGGACAGAGAAAUGCACACAGAUGUAAGAGAAGGCAGAAAAACCGUUCAAGAAAUGCAGAGCGAUCUGUGGCAUUUUUAGUUUAUUUCAUAGACAUCUGGAAAGGAAAAUGCUACAGCUGGAGCAAAUUGUAAUAGAUAAACACCCUCUCCAUUGUUUAAGAACUGGGCAGCAGGGGAUUUUUCCCCACAGAAGUGAUAGUUUGGGAGUGAGAGAUUGUGACAAAUGUGUGUUUUCCUCCUGGGAGAUGAAUAGAGGAUAACUAUGCAGUAGGCAGAAAUGUUUCAGCAUUGUUAGUUUGUUGGGAGGCAGAAGUUUUUACACCCAAGUUUACACCAGAAUAAAAGGGUAUUUCACUGUGGAAAGAUUUGGACCAUCUAUUUCCUGGGGACCUUGCAUGCCUGCAGUGAAGCAAAAAUACGGCAAGGCCUAAGUUCUGGGCUUCUUGCCAACCAAGAGGCAAACCAGCCCCAAGACAAGCCAGCCAUGAUGCACAAAGCUAACCAAGUUACAGUCCAGAGUCAACUGGCUGGCUGACUAUAACAGACCAAAGUUUCCUCAACCCUAUUAAGACAACUGGAUUCUGCUACUCUAUUACUAAGGUGUAUGCUGUGUGCUUGAGGAUCAGGUGUAUUCCCAGGAAUUUUCCCCCCCAAAGGAAUAUCUUGAACCAGUUUUCUUCUGGGGUAACACAUUUGAACACAGUGGAACUGCAGAGAAUGGGUGGAGGGAGAAAAAGAAUUGCAAAAAGGACUGAGAUCAGAGAACUAAAACCCAGCAAAAAAAGAAAGAAAAAGGUCUCCUAUAUAUUAGUAACAAUCUGCUGACAUUGACUUGUUGACUCUAUGCACUAUGCCAGAACACUUGAAAGUAGUCAGCCUUAACACUGAUUCCUCUCUGCUAAGAAAACCUGUCUUCAGAGACUAUUUUGCAAAUUACAGACCAUUGAGCAAAGCCAGACAAACAUCUGUCUGGGAUGCUGCAGGCAGUGGGUCUCCUAUUCCAAACUUUCCCAAUUUUUGUCUUUCCCAAUUUUAUGUUUAAUCUAUGUGCAGAGCGGUGUGGAUUCUGCACAUGCAGAACUGAGUAUCUCCAGAAUCUCAAGCCUCAUUAUUUCUAAACAGGACAUUUCUAGCCUUUAUGGAGACAAAAGAAAGUUUGAAAAAUGUGUCAGCAAUGUCUGGAAGGUAAGAACUGUUCAACAGUGGAACAGACUACUUUGGAAGGUGGUAGAAGUUUUAAAACAGAGGUUGGAUGACCAUCUGUCAGGGAUUCCUGAUGCAAUGUGAUUCCUACACUGCAGGGGUCUGGAAGAGAUGACUAGAACUGGACUUCAGGGGGGCAGGAGGUAGAUUGGUGCCUUGCCCAUAACUAGCAAAAGUGGAACUCGCAAAACAACUAAAUAUAUACACAUUGCUUCAUUUUCUUACUACAUAAGAAGCCACCCUAUUCAGCUUUCAUUGUCACAGAAUCUCGGCAACAUUGUCAUGUCUAUGGAGAACCAGGAACAGUCUGUUAGAGUGAAUGCUUGGGAUCACUCUUCCACAUCCCAGUCUGAGAGACAGCAAUAUUGACCGAGAUAUAUGCUGCUUGGGGGUAAAGCAGAGUCCUAGGGAAGGAACAGCAAGCAGAGAGGUCAUAUGGGUAGAAAAACAGAAGAGGAGGAUCUGCACUUUGCUGCAGAGAAAUCCAAUUCAUCUAAAGGGAGAGAACAGCGAGUAUGAACAAGUGUGGAGGGGUCUGGUACUGGUUUUCAGGUGGAUCCAUUGCAACCAGUAGCCAGGGGAGAACAUGACCCAGACUUGCCUUUGCUGACUAUCUCGGGGCUGCCACGACUUCUUCCUUUCUUCAUAUCCAUUUCAAUUUCUCCUGUCACAUACAGAUUACGAACCUGGAAGCAGGUGCACCGUUAUUUAUAUCCUAUCACUGACCACAGCUUGGAUCCAGAAAAAGACCCAGCUAAUUCCCCCAGGUCUGCAGCUGCCCAAACGCUUCCUGUGUGGCCCUUAGCGUCCCAGCUUGGAAAACACACCGCACCCCAUUACUCAGCAAAGAACAGCCUUCAGUGCCAGAACAGCACAAAAGGACGUCUUGCAAGGGAGUCUUUUCUCCAAGCCCUAUUGCGGCGAAUGCCAGCGCUCUUAUACAUUUCUGUUACUUUCGGAACAUGGCUCAGGGACGUGGCAUGGUGCCAGUGUUUAAAAGCUGCAAAGAAGAGUGCAUGAGGCAAAGAGAAUCAUCAGAAAACUGACAAGGAAAAGGAGGAGAUAUUGUGUUCUUCACCACCACCCUAUAUGUAUAGCGAUACCUGAGAGGCCUUGAUGGCUUGGAGGUUGAUGUUUGGGUACCGCGUGGUAGGAUCAAUGCUGUACUGACUGAUGUUCUUGUUGGUGUUGUCAGGUGAGGUCUGCGACAGCUGCUGAUAUAUGCUCUCCCUGCAUGGAGAUUAAGCAGGAAUGUCCCCCUCUUAGUCCCUCAGCACCAAGAUACAUUGUGUACAUGGCACUCACAGCAUUCAGGAGCCUUCAGGCAAAAGAGGAAGAUCGACAUGCUCUCACCCUUCUCAUCUUCACAGCAGUCCCUCCUCACCCCUUGCCUGGGUCUGUGGCAUGAGCAGCAUCAACAAGUUCUCCUGCGCUCUCAGGUUCCCACUACAUCAGACAGUUACACCCAUUCCUGUUCCCCAUUCCAUGCUCCAGGUCAGUUACUCACAGCCCUGCAGUCUCCUAGAUGAUGCUGGGAACUUCCUGAGGUUGGGCAGCAGAACAGAAAGGGGCUCCACCAGCUCACUCACUUGCCUGUGUGAAGUUCCUGGUGUCUUAUGGCUACCAGGCUAGGGCUUAAAAGACUGAACAAGAGAGCAUGAAGCAGAAGACAAGACUGUCUAUGUAUGGUUCAGAAAACUGCCCAAGACUCUGAAGCACUACUUCUAGACAAAAUAGGCAGUCCUGGCUCACUGUAUCAAUAUCUCUCCUCCCUACAUUGAACGCAUAACCUGGAACAUCUAUAGACCUCAAGAUACCACCACCAUCGCCAGUCACCCCACCAUCACUGUGGGCAGAGAAUGCCCCUUCUCAGAGUGCUCACCUCUCAGCCAGCACAUCCAAAGGGGGCAUCCCCGAGGCCCAUCUUUUCACCAUCCAGGCAGCAUCGAAAGCUGCCAGGAACCCUCUGCCCACACCAGUGCCCAAAGGCCAGAAUGGCUGGGAAACAAAAAGAGAGAGAAAGAACAAAGAGAUGUUUUGGGGUCUCUUAGCAAAAUGAGUCAAUGAGAUAUAGCAGACGUUGGCCAACAGCUCAGCUGCAUCAAAAACGCAGCAGGAAAUUGGGAUUCCAGAGUGAUUCUGGCAGUCAUGGUUAAUUCACAGCAGCCGCUCUGUGUGCUGCAUGUUGUUUUGGCAAACGUUUGCAUUAAAUGGGGGCCCACUCCCCACUCACACCAAGUGUCAGCUGGCUAGCUCUGUUUUGCCAGAUAAAGGGGGCUGCAUAGUGAAGUGAAUUAGUGCAAAGGAUAAAGUGCUAGAUCAGAGACAGCAGGUUUCCCAGAUGUUGGAUGAGCCCUCCAAGCUAGACAAACAGAAGGGCAGGGUUAUUUAAAAAACAAAAACAAACAAACAAAAAACCCAAUGCAUAUGGUCCCCAGCCAAAGGUUAGCCUCUGGCCUCACAAAAUCCAGGAGCGGAUUUGCCUUCAAGCCCAGAUAGUCAAGUAACAUGGCUCCCUGCUAAGUCCAGGUGAAAGACAGUCUGUCUGAGAAACAUGCAGAUUUAAAACAAGAUAGCAGGUUGCUUAACUCCCAUCCUUUAAAGAACAUUUCAGCUUUCAACACAUUUUCUGCAACGGUUCCCAUCACAACGCAUGGAAGAGGAAAGUGUUUUUUUUUUCUAAUCAGUACAGCAUUAUUUACUGUAAUGCAAGUUUAUAAACACUCAUAGAAAUCAAUGGGAAUGAAAGCUUAGCCAGUGUCAGAAAAAUCCCAAAGUAAAGCUCCCAUGUAACGCAGUUACAACAAACUUCACACAAAUUGUUUAAACCUACAUUUCCCAACUGACAGCAAUUUUUUAAGAUGAGGAAGCUUUUAACGAAAACCCUCUCCAGUUCUGAACCAGAAAUAAUAAUAAAAAAAACAGCAUGAGGCAAAGGACCCCCGGACGGUUAAGUCCAGUCAAAGGCAACUAUGAGGUUGCAGUGCUCAUUUUGCUUUCAGAGCAAGGGAGUCGGCAUUUGUCCACAGACAGCUUUCUGGCUCAUGUGGCCGGCAUCACUAAACCGCUUCUGGCGCAACGGAACACCAUGACAGAAACCAGAGUGCACGGAAACGCCGUUUACCUUCCCGCUGCAGUGGUACCUAUUUAUCUACUUUCACUGGUGUGCUUUUGAAUUGCUAGGUUGGCAGGAGCUGGGACAGAGCAACGGGAGCUCACCCCAUUGCAUGGAUUCAAACAGCCAACCUUCAGAUCAGCAAGCCCAAGAGGCUCAGUGGUUUAGACCACAGCACCACCUGCUCCCCACUGAACCAGUACAAUUUCAAGGCAGUGUGCCAUGUGAUUUUUCUGAACAAGUAGGUCAGUUCAUAUGGACAGAUAAGUGAAUGAGAACUGCAAUCAAGGAUGGUUGAGAUGCACCACCACCACACCCACUCUCCCACUGUGAAAAGGACUCUGUCCAUAUGCUUGUUGUGGUCUCAUUAUGGGGACACUUACCUCCACCAGGCAGUCCCCCACCAAUCCAAUGAGCAGCUUGGCGCCGUUACAGUCACGCACCAGAGCUGCAUUGUCUGAGCGGCUCAUGCAGGUGAAGUCGAACAUGUCAACAUCUGGGUGGCUGCGGUGGUUCAGUGCAAACUGCAAAUCAGGCAGCUGGUAAUUGGUGGAGAAGUUGGCAGCUUCCUUGGCGUAAGCAAGAAGAGCUUCUUGGUUCACAUUCUCUGGAGACAGCAGGCUCUCUAUGUCUGACUUGUCCUAGAAAUGAAUGGAGACCAAGAUAUCUUCCAUAGCAAUAGUAAAAAAAUCUUAUUGGAAUGUUGCAGAGUUCAAGAUUAUGGGUGUGUCAAUCAGCUCUCGGCCUGGCAGGAUCUUUCACCUCCAAAGCAUGUAAAUUCAAAUGAUGGUUUGGGGUCGCCAUCCCCUCCCACAUGGUACUUGAAGGAGCUUCAGUCUCUAUACGUACAUUUAAGAUAACUCCUUUUUUCAGCAGGCUCUGCUUCUUGGCUGUCAUGACGAAGUAAUGAGUGUCGUCUUUAUAGUAGACAAUGUUUUCCAAGUCAAUGCCUAUAAUUGUUCAAACACAAGCAGAAGGUUAAAGGCUGGGGGCUGUUUUCAGCCUAGCACUACGCAAAGCUUCCAUCAGUGCAAGGACUUCUGCUUGGGCAAAGGAAUGUUCUUCUGCCCUCUUCUCCCCCUGUGCCCCUAAAUCUGUUCCAGGGGUUCCCCCAACAUUCUGGUGUAGAUUUGGGGGAACACAGGACACACACAGCAGGAAGAAGAGGAGGGAAUUUCCAUUGCCUUCUGCUGAUGUAACAUGGUACUUUGUACUACCAGAUUUUUAGAAGACAUCUGAAGGAAGCCCUGUUUAGGGAAGCUUUUAAUGUUUAAUAAGUUAUUGUAUUUUAAUGUUCUGUUGGAAGCCGCCCAGAGUGGCUGGGGAAACCCAGCCAGAUGGGCAGGGUAUAAAUAAAUUUAUUAUUAUUAUUAUUAUUAUUAUUAUUAUUAUUAACAUGUAAGAUGGCUUACAUGGAUUUAAAUUCAUGGAAGGCUAUCAAUAGCUACUAGUCAUGAUAGCUGCAUGUUGCUUUCAAGACCAGAGGGCAGCGUGUCUCUGAAUACUAAUUGCUGGGGAACCACAGUCGGGGAGGCCGGCCGUUGCCCUGAUGAUCGGUUUGCAGACUUCCCAAAGGCAUCUGGUUGGCCACUGUAAGAAAGCAGGAUUUUUGACAAAGCAGGUCUUUGGUUUGAUCCAACAGAACUCUUCCUUUGUCCUUACAGAGCUUUAUAUAGUUGGCACUUGAGGAAACAAAUAUCCUAUCUGCCAAAAAUCCCAUGCCAAGAAAGCCUGAUUUGCUAAACUACCCAAACAAGCAGAUUUACAUAAUUUAUUCAGCUUCUAUUGAAAUGUAUCCAAAAUGGCAAGGAUCCAGGACUGGUCAAAAAGGUAUUUGAGACAGGUUGACCCUUUUCCAUUUGCUAUGUGGGCUUCCCCAUUUUCUCUCACUGCAAACUACGGAAUGACAAAGAUUUUAUUGAAGGCACAAGGGGAAAGUGUCAUUAACUGUAGGUAAGAAGCAUCUGGCCCAGACCUGUUUUGUUGUAGAGAUUUUGGAAGAAUUUCUGGUUGUAGAUGCGAGCCACUCCGCUGAUCUCGGCCACCUCCACCUCAGCCCUGCUGUGGUGAUUAACGAAGUUGGUGGUGAUGCCAAUGGCCAAUUUCCCACGGGUCUCCUUCCGCUUAAAGCCUGGAGAUAAACACACAAACAGCGCUAGUCCUGAAGGAAAGGGAGGGGUUGGCAGUUUGUGAAAGAACUAGGGAAAGGAUAGAAGAACAGAACAUGGGGCCUGUUCCCUCAUCUGAAAUAUGGUAACACCCCAAAAGUGUCCAGACUAGCCACUCUAUUUCUAGUAGCGGAGUAGCAAAUGCCAAGCCCCAGCUCCAUUGAAUAUCAAGAUCUCUGAAGAGUUGCAUGGUAUUUACCAGCUCUCAAGGUGACACCAUGAGGAAUUCUGAUUGAACGUUGAGAGAAAGCUCAGCACCAUGGCAGGACGGCAAUUGUACUCAUCUAUUACGAUCUGAAAUGCUGGGAGCAUUUCACAAAAGCCGAAUUGGGUCUCUCUGUUUGUGGAAUUGUUGGUAGGGCUUGAAAAAUACUGCAGCACUCCUAUAAAGGUGUGGGAAAUGAAAGGAGAGGGGCAAGGAAAUGCUGGAGUGGAGUGGCAGGUCAGCUCUGAAAAUGGUCUGGGCAAGCCCCAGUAAAAGCUGCCACCAGAGCAAGCUUCCUGGUGCCAAAGCGUCUACAGAGAUUGUUCCCUCUCCCUUUGCUUUUCAUCUCCUCUCCUGCCCCAAGGCAAGAUGCCUUUCAGAUUUUUUUAUGACCCAAGCUAUUAUCAAUGGUUGGCGUUGUGGUAGGCUGGGCAGCUGCUCUUGCCGAUGCACCUAAAGCCCUCCUGAGGAGCCCUUGAUUUGGUAUUGAGGGAGAUCAGGAGAAGCAGAGCAGAUGAAAGCAAAACUUUAAGUCGGGGGAAAAAAUGUCCAGUAGCACCUUAGAGACCGACUAAGUUGGUUCUGGGUAAAAGCUUUCGUGUGCAUGCACAUGAAAGCUUAUACCCAGAACCAACUUAGUUGGUCUCUAAGGUGCUACUGGACAUUUUUUAUUUAUUUAUUUCGACUGCGUCAGACCAACACGGCUACCUACCUGAAUCCAAAACCUUAAGUGUCAAACAUAUGGUCUCUAGGCCAACUCCCCAAGUGACAAAAUGGAAAACAGUAUAUCAAUUUAAACACACACAAAAAGAGGCAAUUUCAGUUAACUCUACUUCACUCAACUUGCAGAUUCCAGGGCAAAUAUUAAUACUGUACAAACAUUUCCCCAAACAACCAAAAAUAUAGGAAGCAGGGCUCCCCUGAAUUCUGAGUGUCAUAAAAGCUGAGGUUUGGGGAAGUGUCUACCAUCCCCAAAAUCUGCAAUAAUGCUUUGGCCUUUCACUUGGCUAGGCACCAUAUCUACAAACUGGACUGCAUCUGCAUUGAGUUGCCCUGUUUGUUCCUAGAAAACUUGUAGCUUUGCCCUUUAUUCUAUCUGUUGGAGGUGCUCAGUACACAGGAAGGGGGGAACCUGCUCAUCACAAGGCCAGAGGCACAAGUUUCCUCCAGUGUUGAGGAGAGAUGCUAUUAGAGGCCUAAGGAGCUAUUGAUAAGACACCUGGAGCAUCAAAAAAAAUCCGAAGUAAAAUUCUCCCACAACCUUAACUAGAGGUCUUAAAGGGCUGCUUACCUUCUGGCACAAACCUGCCACCACCAGCAGAGAUGAGGACGUCAAAUUCACACUGGUUCAGAAGACACGAAGGAGGAUUUAGGAUGGCUCUCCAGCCACUGACUGUAAUAACAGAGGAUGGAAUCAUCAGGAUCCCUGCUGCAAAGACUGUCAAAUUCACCAGACCCUUCCCCAGACUUGCAUGUUUAUAAAGAAAGCAGGAACAAAGCAGGAGAAACUGCAGGUCUCUGUCUCAAAAGCAACCCAAUCCUGUCUUGGAAUGUGUUAAGGGCACCAUAAUGUCCUGGUCUGAAACUCCAGAACUGCAUUUGUUCACAAUUUUGGAGAUGGGAUGGGAUUGCCUUUGUGGAGGGACCCGUAGCCAACAGGACACCCAUGAAAAUGUAACAGCUUGACCAAGAUGUGCCUCAGAGCCAUGCGUUGUGAGUGAUGUGAGAGACCAUGAGCAUUUUUUGGCGGGGUGUGUCUGAUGGCUUGGUUUCUUUCUGGUUUUGCUUCUAUGGCAAAGUAAGGGGGAAAUGAACAUUUGAAAGUGGAGGCAGAACAGAAAAGAAACUCAUCCAUGAAACAGUUUUUCACUGUGACGUCCUGAGCUACCUUCUCACCUGCAGAAACAAGGGGUGUGGAUUGGUGCAUUGCCCUUAAGGACUCCAAAGGCUUAGGACUUUUGUCGUUCUUACCUUGUCCAUCUGAAUUUGCUGCAGGUGGGACGAGCCCCUUAAACUGCACAUUGAUGUGAACCUGAACCCCCAAGAGUAAGGCAACUUUCAGCAGGAUCAGCUGAAGCUGGCGGAUGCCUGCAAGACAGAGAAGGAGAGGAUUAGCAGAGCAGGCCUAAUUAAACAAACAAACAAGCCCAUCUGUGCCCAUUUCAAAGUUGCUCUCAGGCAAGCACUGCCUUAAACCCCAGCUCCACCUUCCAGCCACCUCUUCUUCCAAUUUCAGAAAGAAGCCUGUUCCAUGAUUUCCCUGUCAUGGGGUUGGAAAAUCAUGGCCUUCCCCAGUUUCAACAAGAGGGAUACUGAGUCCUAAAGAGCUAUUGAAUAUGGCACCAUGGAGGGUUUUCUAGAUGCAGGCUGGGAGGAAGAGUGUGCAACAAGCUAAACUCCAAUAAGCCAAUAGUGUUAAAUUGAAAGCAAAGCCCAAAAGACAGGAACGAUCGUUAAAGUCAGCUAAUUCCUCUGCCACACUGGCAAUUUGACCGAUUUAUUUACUUACACAAUUUAUUAAUUUAUUUGAAACACUGAUCCAAUGUUGUUCUUUCUGAAUUUGUACCACCUUGAUGUACAGUUACUUUCUUGUUGUACAGUUUAAUUUGGGUACCCAUUGCAGUUCCCUCAGUGAAACACAACCCUCCUUAGGAGACACACCGUAGAAUCGUAGAGCUGCAAGAGACCAUGGGGGUCAACUAGUCCAACCCCCUGCAAUGCAGGAAUCUUUUUGCUCCAUGUGGGGCUCGAACUCACAACCCUGAGAUUAAAGCCUCAUGUUCCAUCGACUGAGCUAUCUAGUAAGAACCAAUUCCUGAGAACGCCCUUUCGAAAGCAGAAAUGCUACAUUUUGCAGUAAAUGUUCAGUUUACAUAAGGAUGCUGGACCUUUAAACGCACUUUUAAAUUACUUUUUCAGUAAAUGCUUUCUAGACCAAGCCAUUAAUUAAUUAAUUAAUAUUCCAUCCUACCCACUCCCACCACUACUCGCUCCCAUUAGCUGGUAAUGCUGGUUUCUCACCACUAUUCCAUAAUGUUGGAGAUACUUUCCCUGCCCUGGUCCGUUCUGCAUUACUUACUGAUGUGAUCCAAGGAUCCUGUGCAGAAGUGGCCAUAGAAUUUCUUAGCUCCCAGAGCCCGCAGGUCUUGGAUGCUGAAAGGCCAAAGGUGCAGCACAUUGUUCCGGGAAAAGGAGUCUCUCUUCUCCACCACCACCACAUGGGCUCCAAGGAAGGCCAGUUCAAUCGCCGAGCGGAGGCCGCAAGGGCCUGCCCCAAUAAUCAGGCACUGGAAAAAGAAUUAUCACCGGGUGGUAAGUUUAUAAAAUGGUGCCAUAAAGGAGACAGUGCUUACACUUGGAAGCUGCUGUGGCCGCAGCCUCUGGAGCAGGCAGGUAACAUACAAUCCAUAAGAGUGACUGUGAGCUUGGCAUUAUGUCAAAAGAGCAGGCGGGCACAAUGCUCCUUUUCAGAGGCAAAGGAAGACCCAGCAGCCUCUGCAGCAGGCAUGUCCAAAGUCCGAUUCGGGGGCCUAAUCCGGCCUGCCGGUGGUUUAAUCUGGCCCCUGUAGCAGCUUACUUCCUGAGUGACCUAAAAAAAGGUUAACAACUUUAGUUGGCCCUUUGGCCGACCCUCACGGCCCUUCACUUCAUCAAAUCUGGCCCUUUUUGAAAACAGUUUGGACACCACUGCUCUGCAGUUAACUGUUUUUUGCCAUUACCGUGGUCUUGUCCUCUCACUACUAUAAACACCUUCUUCAGGGAUUUUUUUUUUUAAAAAAAACCUGUUUUAGCACGGAACUUAAGUAUGGCGAACCCACACAGAGUGACUUGUCUCAGUCUCCUUCAGCAAAGCAGCCAUUCAAUCACAUGAGUGGACAGUCAGAAUUUGAAUCAUGCUUUGUUGCAACAGAUCCAGCCAUACAGGAAGUUCUUAAACAUCCACCAAGAUUUUUGCAACAGAUGUUUACACUCCAAACCACCUAAGGCCCGGUGCUGCCCCUCUUGCCUGUACACCCCAACAAGUCACUGCAGAUCCAAACAUUAUUUUUGCAGGGCAUUCCAAGAUCUGCUACAUACUUCUGAGCCCUACUCUCAGAGCGUACGUUUAAGGUUUAUCUUGGCAGUCACCUCAAGCUGAACUGCUUAGCCUCCGUUCAAAGGCAGUUUGAAUCCGUAUAUGGGGUUGGAAGGAAGGCAGCCCUUACUCCAUAGAGCAGAACCUGACAGACCAGCACUAAGCAUCCUUGGGCAGCUACCAAAGGUCAACCCCAUUCCUGCCAGUGGUUCCCCCCUUAAAAAGAAAUUCAGCCUGAUGCUCCUAGCCGAGACUAGCCACAAAAUGGCAAUCUCCCACAAGAUGGCAUAGCUUUGUUCCAGGACAGGGCAUUGUGGGAAAUUCAACCAACCAUCCCUAGCUGCCUGGCAAAGGUUCAGAGAGAUUUUCAGGACACCUUCCUUGCCAUCCAGUGCUUUGUGCUGCCACUAAGUAAGCCCAGUAAGGCCCUCCAGAGUUCCCUUUGUCUCCAUCACUCUCAAACCUGGAGCCAUCCCUGGACACAGUACAGAGUCACAAAGUGACAUGGAGCCAAGAGUCACUCAUCAUGAGUGGUGAUGUUCACACAAUCACAGUCCGGACUGUUCAGCACUUCACAUUCCCAAAGCUCCACAAGCUCAGCAAAGAGUCACAUUUUCCCAGCAAUAACCUGUUGCUGCUUAAGUGCUAGGAAGAAGUUAAGUGUUUCUGAAACAGAAGCUCGCUCCCAAGGGAAGACAACUAGGAAACAAUACAAAGUACCAAUUUACCAUCCUGUAGGCUUUUCUGUCCUGUGGUUACUUAGCCAUACGAUUUAGCACAAAAGUAGGGCAUUUAAUCCUCCUGCAACACAAUCUUCCGUGCGGUAACAGUUGGAGUCUCGACCGCAAGGGCUCCCUGCAUUUCUCACAUGGCUGGAUUGUCAAUUAUAUUAGGCAUCCCUGGGUGUGAUGUUAAGCAGGGAAGGUGGUUCUCCUGAGCUACAGGGUUUCAUGGACAGAAUCUUUUAACAGCCACUCAGAGCUUCUUUGGGAGGAAGGGUGGGAUAGAAACUUAAUAAAUAAUAUAUAUAUAUAUAUAUAUAUAUAUAUAUAUAUAUAUAUAUAUAUAGGAAUGGCUUCUCUUCUCUUUCUUUCCUUUCCUUCAGGUUUCACAAUUCCAAGUGUUCACAUAUUUUGAAAGAUUUUCACGACACUGGUCUUUCUCAAUUUUUCCUUUUAAUUUACCUUUUUUUGUUUUGAGGUUUUACGAAGAAACCAUACUGCAUCAUCUCCGUUUGCUUAUGUGCUGUGUGGUGAUUGGUUUGUUGGUGACAAUGAAAUUAAAUCUUGAUUUUAAUGUGUAAAGUGAACUUUGGAAGGGUUAUUCAGGAGCACAAUUGCCUACACGUUUGGAAAUCAAUGGAAACCCCACCAUUAUCAGUGCGAGUUAUCUUUUAGAAUAACAGGAACACAACAGACGAUCUACUUCUGUAAGUUAAGAACUAGGAAGUAAUGAUAAAACAUUGAAGCAAUGCACGUAGGGGUAGGCAGAACUAAUGUUUACAUUACGUAUAGUAACUAAUCAGGAAUUGGAGGUAGAAGUACAGCAACCACAGAAUACGAAAAAUAACCCAGAUAUGCUCAUCUGCACUGCUGAAGUUUAGCACACAUUUAAGAAAUAGGCCUGCUUCAGCAUCUGGGAAACACAGGAAGAUGGUCCUUGGUACUGGCCACCAGAGGAGAGGCCUAGAAUGUUCAGCAUCUCAUGUGAUGACCAUCAAGUAGACAAGGGCUGCAGAUCCUUCAGCCCACAGACCAAACCUGGUCCACCAGGUGUUCCUAUUUGGCCCACAUGGUCAUUUUUCUAAAACCACUUGCACCUGCCCCACAUCUGAUGUCAUUUGUGACAUCAGGUGUGAGGCAGGUAGAGACCCGGCUGAAAAAAGCUGAACUGAACUGGCACAUCAGCUGAUGCAUAGAGAGUUCAAUCCUCCUUUGUGUAGCAUCUCCCCCAGUGGGCAAACGUUGACAGGUGGGCAGCACAAAUGACCUGUCAAAAGUUGGCCGCUCAGGGUGGUGGAGAUAAAGAUGUGGCCCGCCAGGAUGAAAAGGUUCCCCCAACCCUGAGGUAGGCUAUUCUCUGCAGCAUAGCAACCGCAGUUCUGCCACCUUACCUUGGUGUUGGCACAUGCUGUCCCCUGAUCAUAAUCUUUGUGCCCGGCCUUCUUGUCUAGCUUGGUCCACAAAGCCUUGGCACUCCAGUAGUUGAGGCGAGACUUGAGCUUGUGAUAGAACUGGAGCUGGCCAGUAUGCUCCAGUCCCAGGUGUCUGCAAAGCGCCUCAAAACUUCCCAGCACCUCUUUGCACUGCUUGGCAUGGAGAAAAGUGUCAAAGAGCGAAUGAGACAGAUUGGACUGCUCCCCAUUCUGCUGGCUCAUCCUCCUGGGAAUUCAGGGGCAAAGAAGAAGCCUGGAAAAGAAAGAAAGCAACAGGUGAGCAUCAACAGCUCCUGCUCCUUGGAGAGAUCAGGAAUUUGGCAUUGCAAGGCAACACCCAGCAGCAAGACAUAACUCCUUGCUUCCAGCUGCUCCCCCUUGGGAGAUGAAGGGGAAUGCAACAUACCUAUCUGUUUACACCCAUAUGCAGCCUUAUACAUAGGUCCUCUUCAGGAGAAGGGUUAUGUCUGAAUUCAAGACAUGCUCAAGCUUAGACAUGAGAGCAAAUGCAUGCAAUAUGAGCAGAUGCAGAAGUCUGAAGGCAAUGUGUCUUAGACAAUAGUUCCAGGGGUGGGGGAACUAUUUGUCCUGGCAGGCCAGGUCUUUAUCUUCCCAUACCCCAUGGCCCAGCUUAAUAGAUGCAAGAGAAACAGCGAGCACACCAGCUGAUUGACAGGUGGGCGUGAUUUGGGGGAAAUGGCCCCAUGGGGCCAAACUGGACCCCUGCCUAGCCAAGAUUGGCCCACGGCCUAGAAGUUCCCCACCCCUGAGUUAUAACACCACCACUUCUAGUGUCUAGAGGUCAGAUGUUAACUGUGAUAGGUAUAUACAGACUGCCAAAUCCCAAAGAAACAUAUUCAUGUAUUUGAAAAGCCCUAAGUCAUAUUUAGCACUGAAAAUAGAAAGAGCACAAGAACAUAUGCUUAUUCCCAGUUAGGGCGCACAUUUUGCCCUCAGCAGCAUUAGGAAAAAUCCAAGCUCUACCUCCAAGCAAAGGUCUGUCUCCUUUCACAAACAAGGCCAACAGUCAGUGUGAAAAUGUUGCACACCAUGGUUGACUCAUGCAUGUCGGGCCCAGAUAAAUAGCUGGAAAGUUAUCUGAAGUGGAAAAACACCACUUCCUUUUCCCCUUAGUCCAUUUGCAUCUCACCCACCAAGUCUGGACUACAAAGUAUGCAUGAAAAGUCUUAAUUCAGGCUUGCUUUGUGCUAAACAGCAGAUCUACAGAAGACUGGAGGUUACACAAGAUUCGGCUGCUCUUUGACUUUCUUAAUCAAUAUUAAUUCUGGAAUGCAAGAUAUACAGACUUUAGCAAAGAAGGCAGGAAUACAAAAGACUGUAGCAAACAAGGAAAGUGAUGAAGUGAUUAAUCUGCACAUGUGUACUGAUUUUCAAGAAAGGAGUCUAUAUAUUUCUAACAAGAAUGUUAUGGGCAGUUGAUAUACUUGUCCUGCUGAAGCUUAUUCAUAUUCAGGAGAAGGAGGAGUGAUGUGUUUACCCGCUGUCAAUGAUACAGCUGUAAUUUGGAAGCACUACAAAGCAGCCUACACAUUUUUCUAACCGCAGCCCUAAGUUUCCUAACACAGUGACUUGCUCGGCGUUCUGUACUAAUUUCCCCCAGCUUCAUGGUUAGCAACUUCCUGUGCGCCCACUCAACCACAUUUGUUGCUAAAGAAGGCUGACACAGGCUGGGAAAAUUCCUUGCAGUGUCUAAAAAGAAAGGUGACUUCUUUCUGGUUUGCAGAAGCCAAUGUGCACACACAUCUCUCUCUCUCUCUCUCUCUCUGUGUGUGUGUGUGUGUGUGCGCGCCAAUGUGCACACACAUCUCAUUAUAUAUAUAUAUAUAUAACCGUUUACUAACCAUGGAGAAAGAGCUAUUUCCUUCUUGCCUUCUGCACACAGAAAGAAUAAUAAAACAGUUGACUGGUGUAACUUCUGCUAAUGAAGUUUCUUUCAAGUGCUUUGCAUAUCUUCAGGCAUGCAUUGCAUGGAGAAAGUUGUCUUUCUUUGAAAUCAGUCAGCUUUCCUUGCCUAGAAUGCUGACUUCUUAGCACUCUUGUAAACAAAAAUUGCCCUUUUCCCUUAUGGGGUAUCCAAGAGCCCAUAUAGAGUCCUUACAUAGGUUCCCUAUUGGUAGGAGAAAAUAACAGAGGCCAACCAAAGAAUAUUGAGAAGCAAAGCAGCUAGUAAGCCUGAUCUUUAUUGAUCUGUUGCAACAGAGUCCUCACUCACCACACAAGGGAGGGAGGAGGAACCCAGAACAAUGGUGCGCAAGGCCUUAUAAAGACUUUUGAAAUUGCCACCCUGUAGAUCAAGACCAAGAUAUGGAUGUCUCGUACACCCCAGGUAGUGUGGUUGCUGACCUUGAGCCAGACAUCCUGGAGAGUGAAGUCAAAUGGGCCUUAGAAAGCACUGCAAAUAACAAGGCCAGUGGAAGUGAUGGUAUUCCAGCUGAACUAUUUAAAAUUUUAAAAGAUGAUGCUGUUAAGGUGCUACACUCCAUAUGCCAGCAAGUUUGGAAAACUCAGCAGUGGCCAGAGGAUUGGAGAAGAUCAGUCUACAUCCCAAUCCCAAAGAAGGGCAGUGCCAAAGAAUGCUCCAACUACCACACAAUUGCACUCAUUUCACACGCUAGCAAGGUUAUGCUUAAAAUUCUACAAGGAAGGCUCAAGCAGUAUGCGGACCGAGAACUCGCAGAAGUGCAAGCUGGAUUUAGAAGAGGCAGAGGAACCAGAGACCAAAUUGCAAACAUGCGCUGGAUUAUGGAGAAAGCUAGAGAGUUCCAGAAAGACAUCUACUUCUGCUUCAUUGACUAUGCAAAAGCCUUUUACUGUGUUGACCACAGCAAACUAUGGCAAGUUCUUAAAGAAAUGGGACUGCCUGAUCACCUCAUCUGUCUCCUGAGAAAUCUCUAUGUGGGACAAGAAGCUACAGUUAGAACUGGAUAUGGAACAACUGAUUGGUUCAAAAUUGGGAAAGGAGUACGACAAGGCUGUAUAUUGUCUCCCUGCUUAUUUAACUUAUAUGCAGAAUUCAUCAUGCGAAAGGCUGGGCUGGAUGAUUCGCAAGCCGGAAUUAAGAUUGCUGGAAGAAAUAUCAACAACCUCAGAUAUGCAGAUGACACAACCUUGAUGGCAGAAAGUGAGGAGGAAUUAAAGAACCUUUUAUUGAGGGUGAAAGAGGAGAGCGCAAAAUAUGGUCUGAAGCUCAACAUCAAAAAACGAAGAUCAUGGCCACUGGUCCCAUCACCUCCUGGCAAAUAGAAGGGGAAGAAAUGGAGACAGUGAGAGAUUUUACUUUCUUGGGCUCCAUGAUCACUGCAGAUGGUGACAGCAGCCACGAAAUUAAGAGACGCCUGCUUCUUGGGAGGAAAGCAAUGACAAACCUAGACAACAUCUUAAAAAGUAGAGACAUCACCUUGCCAACAAAGGUCCGUAUAGUAAAAGCUAUGGUUUUCCCAGUAGUGAUGUAUGGAAGUGAGAGCUGGACCAUAAAGAAGGCUGAUCGCCGAAGAAUUGAUGCUUUUGAAUUAUGGUGCUGGAGGAGACUCUUGAGAGUCCCAUGGACUGCAAGAAGAUCAGACCUCUCCAUUCUUAAGGAAAUCAGCCCUGAGUGCUCACUGGAAGGACAGAUCGUGAAGCUGAGGCUCCAAUACUUUGGCCACCUUAUGAGAAGAGAAGACUCCCUGGAAAAGACCCUGAUGUUGGGAAAGAUGGAGGGCACAAGGAGAAGGGGACGACAGAGGAUGAGAUGGUUGGAUAGCGUCUUCGAAGCUACCAGCAUGAAUUUGACCAAACUGCGGGAGGCAGUGGAGGACGGGGUGCCUGGCGUGCUCUGGUCCAUGGGGUCACGAAGAGUCGGACACGACUAAACAACAACAAGAUCAAGACCACCCCCAGAAACAUCAUACAUACAUCACAGAAGGGGUGUAACCUAAGACCACCCCCCAGGAACAUCACACCUACAUCACAAAAAAGGUGGUUUAAAACAGAAAUUUGAAUGUUGUUUUUCUCCUGUCAUUGUUUUUCUCCUGUCUGGCAGGUUACUUGAUUGGAUUGACUGGGGAGCCUAGCCAAUCUUUUGUAAUGAUAAAUACUUAGUUCCUGGGCCAGGUCACAGGCUCACACCCUAUUCAUAUCUUAAAUGUGCCCUUAAGACAGGAUUUGUGAGGAAAGACACAAUGGGGAAGUUUCCCACUUUGACCUUGCAGAGAAAACAUUUGCUCAGUUUAGGAAUCAAAAUGGUUCCAGGUUGGUCUUCCUGUGCUGAUCUAUGUACGUGCUUGGCUGGUACACUUAUGAACAUUACCAUAUAUCUAAGACCUCAAAAUUCCUAUCACAGCACCAGGGCAUUUAUUUAUUUAUUUUACUUAAUGCAGCUGUGAAGUCAGUGGGCAGCCAAUUUGAUCAAGGAAGUGUUGUUUUGGUGCAGGUGUUUAAUCCAUCUGCCCCAUGUUUUCCUGAUUGAACUUGCUGUGAUAGGAAUUUUAUGGUUUUAGAUAUAUGGCAACGUUCAUAACCACACGUACAUGGAUCAGCACAGGAAGGCCAACCUGGAACCAUUUUGAUUCCUAAACUGAGCAAAUGUUUCUCUGCAUGGUAAAGAUGGAAAAGCCUCCCCAUUGUCUCUUUCCUCACAGAUCCUGUCUCAAGGAUAUGUCUGUUUGAAUAAGGUGUGAGCCUGUGACCUGGCCCAGGAAAUAAGUAUUUUACCACUAUAAAAGAAUGGCCAGGCUCCCCAGGCAAUCCAAUCAAGUAACUUGCCAGACAGGAGAUAAACUGUGACAGGAGAAAAAGUACAUUUAAAUUUCUGUGAUGUAGGUGGGAUGUAUCUGAGGGGUGGUCUUAGGUUACACCCCUUCUGUGAUGUAUGCAUAAUGUUUCUGGGGGGUGGUCUUGAUCUAGAGGAUGGGAAUUUCAAAAGUCUUUAUAAGCCAUUGCACAGCAUUUUUGGGGGUCCUCUUCCUCUCCUGCGUGUGAGGGGAGCACCCUGUUGCAACAGAUUAAUAAAGAUCAAGCUUACUAGCUGCUUUGCUUCUCAAUAUUCUCUGGUUGGCCUCUGUUAUUUUCUCCUACCAAUAGGGAACCUAUGUAAGGACUCUAUAUGGGCUCUUGGAUACCCCAUAAGGGAAAAGGGCAUAUUUUUAUUUACAACAUUGCCCUCCCAAAGAUGCCUAUUUGCUGUGUGUGUGUGAUACAGGAACUUGUUUUAUGCCAGUAUUUUUCUCUGAAUGGAACAAAGAGCAACUCUGUGUGUAUGUGUGUGCGCGCACAUAUACACGCGUCUGUGUGAGAACAAUUUAGAACAGGCAAACAGUGAAGGGAUAAUAAGUUUAAAAUAUUCACCUCUGUGCUUCUUCCCUAAUCAAAUUAGCACUCACAAAUUCCAUGGCUGCAUUUAGUUAAACAUUAAACAUUGCAGCUCUCAUGUCAUAGACGGUGGUGAAUUCUCAUUAGUUAAAGGUUUUUAAGCAGAGGCUGGACAGUUACCUAUCAGUGGUGGUGUGGCAGUGAGUCUUUGUGAGUCCUUCCAACUCUAAGAUACGUUUUUUCUAAUAUAUGUUUCAUCUUGUACAAACAUCUUUAUGCUCAGUGUUAACAGCUGAGCUGUACAAAGACUCUGGGCUUGAAAGCUAUGUCCACUACAGAGUUUGUAACAUUUUUGUUGGUCCUUAGAAUGCUGUGGAUUUUGGAAUAUUUCUUGUGAACCAACAUGGCUCCCUUUGCUUUUUUCACAGAUAUCCAGAGUUGCCCCACAUGAACCAAAAAAGGGGGAGGUUGGUUGGUGGCAUCAUAGCACUCACC